UGCGCAUGCGCAACGUCAACACCUACUGACAGCGCUCUACGCGUGUGCAUGAGAAACCAAAUAGGGCACUAAAUCCUCCCUCAACGCCCGGUUUUAACGGCUCUGAAUACGGAACGAACUGCCCCAACCUCACAGGACAACCCCCCCGCCCCAUCAACCCCGUAUUACGGGAAACAGCUACGCCGUUUCCGUAGCGCUGACGCGCUUUGUCCCAGCGUUGCCUUGUGGGGGUUGGAGUCCUGACGGGUGGGCUUCUCAACAGGCAAUUCGGAUCUGCGGACUACAAUUCCCGGAAGCCUUCGCGCGCGCGUUUGGGCAACUUCAGUGUAGCCAAGAAUUUUGGGGAAGCUUUUAGAAAGUAGGGGGGGAGGGAGGCCGUGUGAGAGUGUGGGAUCCCCGAGCUGGACUGAGGGGGGAUCGCUGUGUGUCUUUAUCACAGGGGGGCCCCCAAUACCUGAUGACAUGAUUCAUGGGGAUGGGCCUGCAGACAUGAGCAGUGAGGAGUCAGACAUGCAGAAUGCACAGUGAGUAGAAAUGCCAGGGGCUCCAGCACAGCCUGCUUUAUUAACAUAAAUAUUAUAUUAUUAUAUACAGCCUGCUUUAUUAACAUUAUUAUAUUAUAUUCUAUACAGCCUGUUUAUUAACAUUAUAUACAGCCUGCUUUAUUAAUAUUAUAUUAUAUACAGCCUGCUUUAUUAAUAUUAUAUUAUAUACAGCCUGCUUUAUUAACAUUAUAUUAUUAUGUACAGCCUGCUUUAUUAACAUUAUAUACAGCCUGCUUUAUUAACAUUAAUACUAUAUUAUAUACAGCCUGCUUUAUUAACAUUAUAUUAUAUUAUAUACAGCCUGCUUUAUUAACAUUCUAUACAGCCUGCUUUAUUAACAUUAUAUUAUAUUGUAUACAGCCUGCUUUAUUAACAUUAUAUUAUAUACAGCCUGCUUUAUUAACAUAUUAUAUGAUAUACAGCCUGCUUUAUUAACCUUAUAUUAUAUACAGCCUGCUUUAUUAACAUUCUAUACAGCCUGCUUUAUUAACAUUAACAUUCUAUACAGCCUGUUUUAUUAAUAUUAUAUACAGCCUGUUUUAUUAAUAUUAUAUACAGCCUGCUUUAUUAACAUUAAUAUUAUAUUAUAUACAGCCUGCUUUAUUCUAUACAGCCUGCUUUAUUAACAUUAAUAUAUUCUAUACAGCCUGCUUUAUUACCAUGAACAUUCUAUACAGCCUGCUUUAUUACCAUUAAUAUUAUAUACAGCCUGCUUUAUUACCAUUAAUAUUAUAUACAGCCUGCUUUAUUAACAUUAACAUUCUAUACAGCCUGCUUUAUUAACAUUAAUAUUAUAUACAGCCUGCUUUAUUAACAUUAACAUUAUAUACAGCCUGCUUUAUUAACAUUAACAUUCUAUACAGCCUGCUUUGUUACCAUUAACAUUAUAUACAGCCUGCCUUGUUACCAUUAUAUACACCCUGCUUUACCAUUAACAUUAUAUACAGCCUGCUUUAUUACCAUUAACAUUAUAUACAGCCUGCUUUAUUCUAUAAAACUGUCUGUUCUUAUACAAUUCUUACUUAAUCUUUUUAAUUGUUGGUUUAUACAUUUUUAUUUGUGUGUUAUUACCCUAUCUAAAUACCUGAACAGUUAGCUUUACUGGAUGUCUGGCAUGUGAUCACUGACAUUUUAUUAUAAUGUAAAUAUUUCACUUCAUUUCUUUUCUAAUAUUUGGGUUUGACUGUCCUUUACUGCAGCAUUUCUGAAAUGAAGUUUAGUAGGCUGCAACAUGGUUUAUGGGGUUUAUGCAGAAGCUUGGAUUUCUUGUAGUUUGGGGAUCAUUGGUUGAAGAGAUGACAUUCUAAAGUUGUUUGAUUUGAGGGACAUGAGAAGGGGGAUAGUAAACUUGGAAGCUGAGACCAAGGUUUUCUGUUUCAGGGCAGCAUCUUGCCACUCCCUCAUAUCUACAAAAGGACAAAGCUAUAUGCAGCUUGCUGUAGUACUGAGAUUAAAACUUGCUGGGUUACUAUUCACUUAAGUGGGAAUUGUUGGGAAUUGCAAGUGUAUUUCAUAUCAUAGGACAAUAUAGCCGGAUUGAAAGAAAGGGAAAAAAAAAAAAAAAUCUCAUCUGUGUUUACAUUUAGGCUUAUGGUGGCCUUAAAUGUAAACUUCACUUUGAAUUCCAAGCAAGUCACACUAUAGUAAUUAUCCUGCUUUAUGUCACAUAACCACACACUGCUACCUUUUCAUAUGAAGACUUUGCGCAGUGCAAAUACAUCAAAACCUUUUGUAAACAUAGUAACUUAUAGGCCUGUUUUCUGCUUUUCUGUUUUCUAUCUAAGAAGUGAUUUAAGUGUUUUUAUUAUUAUUUAUAAAGUGCCAACAAAUUCCGCAGCGCUGUACAAGAAGUGGACUAAUAGACAAACAUUGCAACACGAGUUGGAUGCACAAUUUGUUUUAAAAAGAGAAAAAAAAUAAGCAUGCAUAUUCCAAUAUCUGAAUAUUUCUGGAGUGGUAAAUGAUUAUCAUAGUAUGAUGAAUUAUCAGCUGUCUUGUUUGUCAUAUUGAAUACUAACCACAUUAAUCACGGACAAAUGCAGUUCUGAUUUUGCUAGACAUCUCUAUAUGACCUUGAGCAGAGUUUUUCCUUGUUAGAAUCUACUUGUAAGCUGCAAUAACUUUGAGUUUGAUGCAUAAGCAGCCAGGGCUAAUUUUAUACAUACUGCAUUAAUUGACGUCAUAAAUCGCUUAACUAGAAAAAUGCAGUGUAAUUGCUUUAAUUUUUAAAUAUGCCUUGCUGUGCUGCAGAUCAAACAUUUUAUUUAAGAUAAGUGAAAAGGCAUUAAUAACUGUUAUUACAGUUGCUCAUUUUAAUUUUAUGUUCAUAAAGGGAGUUUAUUUCCCCCCCAGGGAUUUUUAAACCAGUGUACAAUUUGGUGUUUUCAAUAUUCGUAGCAUUAUUCAAAGGACAAUUUGAGCAACGUUCAAAAAUUAAAAUGACACUGUAAAGAUUUGCUACUGUGUGCCCUUUUUUGUUUCUCUGUUGUAUUAUAUGCAGUGUCUGUUACUAAAUAUUCUAGUAAGCACUAGUUUGUUUAUCCCCAGGCAUAAAAGUUGGUUUUAUUGCAUGCGUUUAUAGUAGGCUUGGUAACGGGACUACAUUAGCAAUUAUAAAUUGCAAAAUCACAUCCGACAGUAAUCCAAAUUUGGAAAGCUGAUACACCGAUUUGCACAAUGAUAUCAUUAAUUCAGAUUAAAUUUUAUAUACUCUGGUAUAUUUCUGGUUUAUACUAUUAAUAGCAGAAAGUUAAAAAAAAAAAAACCCAAUAAAACCAACAUCUUUUAAAGCAUCUUAAACCGUUAUAGAGAGCUAGCUAAUAAUUACGUAUAAGAACUAUCCUUUUCAAAAAGAAUGUAUAAACAUUAAUUUUGAUGUACUAAAAGGGCAUCCUGGAGCUGAAAAUCAUUUUAAUGCGAUCUAUUGAGAACACCUAAAAAUGCAUUACAUAAAAAGAAAAUAUUCAUCUGUGAGGCUUAUUUAUAGACCAGUGAUUCCUAAAUGCUGUUAAAGUGUUUGGUGUGUGGAUUGCUGUGUAUUAAAAAAUAUCUCUGCAGCACACCCAGGUGUGGGUGAUGUCAUUGCCCACUAAUGUAUUGGACUUGCUCAUGCAUGCUUGGCCAUCUACUUGGGCUACUACUUGUAAAGUAUGGUAUGCCUUCACAGUGCACUGCGCACCUGGAUUCUCAUACCAAUAUGCAGGUUUAUAAAAUAUACAUUUUAUAUGCUCUUACAUGAUGUAAAUAUAAUUUUUUUUUUUUUUUUUUAUAAAGUUGUAAAAAAAGUAGACAAAUCCUAGCUCCACUUUAAGGUUGAAAUGAGAAUUUGUGUGUGUUUCCUCUGUUGUAUUUCUUAUGUCAUUCAAGCCUUAGAUCGUGACAUCUUGAAAAAUGAGAGAUAAACGUGCAAUGCAUAUUUGCAAUGGUAACUAUAGCACUGCAGUGGUUCCCGCCUCAGUCUGCAAGAUAUAACAAUGGCCCUGUUUUGUAUCUUGAUCCAAAGUGGAUCAGAAUUGUAAAAUGCCUAAAUCCUGAACUCUUGGUGUGUCUUCCGGAUUAGGUUUGUAAUCACUGCUCUAUUGGUUCUCUAACCAGUACACCUGCACUACCAGACAUUUGCUGAUUUGAGUGUGACUGACAGACAGUCACUGACCUCUUCAUUUCUCUCCCUUUUCCCUUAAAGGAACACAAUAGUGUCUGGAAUACAAACAUGUAUUCUUGACACUAGCCUUAUGAUCAGUAUUUAGACCCUGACCCCAUAUUUCCUUCCAUUUUUAAAAGGUGAGAUUACAGACUUUAUUUCCAGAGCUCUGCAGGACUCCUGGCGGUUUGCUCCGCUCGGCCUUCUUUUCUGAAUUUGAUGAUUUUAGCCAACCCAAGGCUAGGAAAACAUUGGGAGGCUUUGCGCAUAUGUGACAAAAUGCAGCACAACAUCAAUCCGUAUCUCCUUAUAGAGAUGCAUUGAAUCAAUGCUUCUCAAUGGGGAACUUUCAGUGUCUCCAUGUACUGUGUGGAGACACUGAAUGUCAGUGCUGCACACUGUGCACUACUGGCAGAGGACGCACCUUUAGUGACCAUCUAUAUUGGCCCUGCAAUUGAAAUUCCUGUGUCAUUCCCAGGAAUUCUUUCUGUAGUGAAUAACCCCUGAUUUUUAUCUAAUAAUGAUUAUAAUAUUUUAGUCCUUUUGGAUCCUAUUGCUAUACAAGUUGCUUAUUUUGUGCAUGAACUUAUUAUUUUUUGUUUUUUAAUCCGUUUGUGUUGGUUACCUUGAAGUCAUUUCUUUUUUUUUUUUAAUAUAUAUUUCUGUCUCCAUCUAAGUUCAUUGUGUAUAGGUAUGAGACUGGCUUACUAUUUACAACAGAUCUUGCUACUGUAUGGCCAACAGUUGCCCACCACCUGGCAUUGAGCCUGGCUUCACUGGUACAGCAUUUCACUUGUAAACUAUUUCACUCCAAAUAAUCUAAAUUAGUUUUAAUUUUUCUUUUGAUGUUUCAAUUAAUCUGUAAUUAUUACGAGUUUCAAGGUAUUCUUGUUGUGAAAAAUUCAUAUAAAAAAUGGAUUAUAUUAAAUUGAUGGACUUUUCAGUAAGCAGAGAGGUGUUGCAAACUCAUCUAAAAAAUUAUUUUAGUAAAAUAAAGCUACUUGAGAAAAAAAAUCUUCACCCCUGUUUUUGUCACAUUAAUAAUGCAGCCCUUUUUAGGAAUAGUUGUAGGAGAGGGUGUUUCAAGCAAGGUUGCCAGAUUAGGAUCUGAAUUGCUAGUCUGAUGCUUGUUGCCUUAAGGCAAUUACUGUCUCUGUCCCACUAUCUCUAUGCAGUUUGACUUGUUUUGUAGCCAAGAGGCAAAAUCCCACAUUCUCUUGCAACAGGAACAUUUUGGACUUUGUAUCCAGACCUGAACCUGCUACUGCGUCCGACCCUUGUUUAUACCACCAGGGACCUUCAAGAGUUACCAGUGCAACCUGGUAUCUUAUGGCUACUCACUUGGUAGCUGGAGCUUCUACAGUGAUAUUGCCCCAACCAUCAACGAGAUACUAGAUGAAAUGAUGACUAGCUCUUCCCACCUUGUAGCCAUACACUAGACUAGAAUAAGUAGAGGGACAAGAUAAUACUGGUUUAUUGAACAUCAGACCGUGUGUAUUUAUACAGUACAAGGUGUGACAAACAUGUAGAACAGUGUGAUGACUUUGUUGGACACUGCAGUGACACAGUUGGUACUUAUCCAAACCUGAGGCCAGUAUGUCAGGGCUAAGCUGGGAAAAUGGCUAAGAAUAAGGGAGCAAGUCUCUGUGUAUACUAAGGGUAAACCAAAGAAAGACAGCGCUCACUUAAUCUAAGGAUAUUGUUGGGUAAUCUUUGCCCUCAACUGCCUAAGCUGUAAAAAACAUGUAUUUCGGUCACUAGUUGUCAGUAACUUGCUCUGGAACGUUACUCAAUGCUACUCAUGUCAUUACUGGGCGAGUUUGGUACUUCUAGGCAGGGUAGUGUUAUCUGCAGAAUCUCUGGAAAGUUUACUUCUAUGUAACAAAAGGCUCUGCGGGACUUGCGGUUGGCCACAAUGACCAAGGUUAUUCAGUCCAGGGCUUGACAAAUUUGCUUCAAAUCUAGGAGCUAGCAAAAGAAAAUUCAGAGCCAGGUUUUUCAAUGUCAAAAAUACAAUUCUUAAAGGGACACUAUAGUCACCAGAACCACUACAGCUUAACCCCUUAAGGACCAAACUUCUGGAAUAAAAGGGAAUCAUGACAUGCCACACAUGUGAUGUGUCCUUAAGAGGUUAAAGGAUCACAAUAGGGUUAAAACCACCAUCUAGCCCUCCUGUCCCCCUCAUGCCUCCCUAAAUAUAGUAAAAUCUUACUUGAAUUCAAGUCUGCAGCUGCAUACUUUGUCCCUGUUUCCUUUAGACCUGCCUGCUGACAUCAGAAGUGGUAGCCUGAUCCAAUCACAAUGCUUCCCUAUAGGAUUGGCUGAGACUGACAAAGAGGCAGAUCAGGGGCAGAGCCAGCAAAAUUCAAACACAGCCCUAGCCAACCAGCAUCUCCUCAUAGAUAUGAAUUGAGUCAAUUAAUCUCCAUGAGGAAAGUGAAUGUUUAGAUGCAAUUUAGGCAGCCCUGACCCAGGACGCACCUCUAGUAGCCAACUGAGGAGAGGCCAGUGAAGUUAUUACUAGGCUGUAAUGUAAACACUGCCUUUUCUCUGAAAAGACAGUGUUUACAGCAAAAGCCUGAAGGUAACGAUUCUACUCACCAGAACAAAUUCAAUAAGCUGUAGUUGUUCUGGUGAAUAUAGUGUCCCUUUAAUGUAGUUGUUCUCGUGUCUAUAACUUGUCCCUCCACACUUUUCAAUGUAAACCCUGCCCUUUCAGAGAAAAAGGCAGUAUUUACAUUGUUGCCUAGUAACGCUUCUAGUGAAAGUCACUCAGAUGGCCUUUAGAGUGCAUCCUGGGUCAGUGCAGCAUAGUGCGCAUCACCUACGUUUAGCGUCUCCAUGCUCUGCAUGGAGGCGCUGAAUGUUCCCCAAAGAGAUGCAUUCAUUCAAUUCACCUCUGAGGAGAUGCUGAUUGACGCAGCAUGGCCUUUUGCCACACAUGCGCAAUAGCCUCCCAUCAAGAUUGAUCGCAAUCAUUGAGGCAGGGCCAGCUGCAGCGAGACCCUGCUUUCCUGCUUUCAUGACUGAUGAUCUCAGCCAAUCCAAUGCUUUCCCAUAGGAAGGUUUUGGGAGGAUACUGUGCAUGCAUGCAAAAUGCCAUGCUGCGCCAAUUAGUCUAAUACCAUCUGAUAGAAAUUGCCAAGAUUUACUUUAUUAUUCUGGAUGAGGCACCUCGUGAGGCUGUAAGUAUGUCAGCCGCCAAAGGCAUUUAAACCCUGCAAUGCAAAGAUUGCCUUUUUUUGCAGAACAGUCAUGCUUUACAUUGCAGGGUUACACAGACAGGGACAUGGCACCCAGACCCCUUUAUUGAGAUGAAGUGCUCUUGGGUGCCAAUAUAGUGCCCCAUUAAACCUAAGGUUGAAUAAGGCAGUUCUUUGUUCCUUAGAAUGAAAUCUAGUCCUACAAACACUGGACCCAAGUCUUUGCACUCUCCCCCAGGAAGUGAUUAAAGAUAUUGAAGAUUUAAUUAUAUACUUUCUGCUGGUACUAUUACGAGGCUGCAUAAGUGCAUCAAGAUCAUUAAUAAAACUAAGCCUUCUUUUUAUUUACAUCUGAUUGUAUGUUUUUACACCACACGAUUCCUUUGUUGUAUAGCAAACAAUGUUAGAGCAAUCAUUUCCAUCUUCUUAUACAUAUUCAUGUUGAAUUAAAUAGAAUGUCAUAAGAUCUAGGGAUUUGGUGCUUUGGUGCAGUAGACAUGUGUGCAGUUUCAUCUUAGCUUAUGUCUUUUAUCUAUUUAUAAAGAAGAUAUCAGUAAUUUACUGGAAAUUCCACCCCUCCCACUCAAAAACUAAAAUAAAACCUCUGUGGACUUCCUGGAUUAGUUUAUUAUUGAUUCUCCAGCCAGCCUGUGUGUUUUAAACCAGGUUAACUCAAUUUCUUGGCAUUGGGUACAGUAGGUAACUAGGGAAAGAAGAGAACCGUAAAAUGUAUGUAUUUUGGACUGAUGUAAAUGGGUGAUUUUGCAGACAACACCUAUUACUACAUCCACAAUCUAUCAGGCUUCAGAUUUUAUCUGCAUCUGAUCCAUUGUAUCACUGUCUGUGUGUAAUUUUCCAAGACUGGUCAUCAUACUAGCCCUCACUACUUUCGACCUUCUUCUAUAACCUGCUUCAUUAAUGGGGAAAAAAUAAGUUUGAAGCUAUUCAGUAACAUAACUUUUGUAAGUUUUUGCAGCGAUACAGUUCAUACCUGAAAUUGCUACCCAAUAAAAACAAUGACGAGAGAGUAAAGAUUUUGCCAGUGGUUUGCUGAUCCGGCAAGAGCUCCCUGCAGGAAGCCACAUUCUAGGGAUUUGCUGCCAAUGCUGAAAUUUUGAAUGUGAUGGUUUUCUGUUUAUUUUUGCAGAUCUUUUAAAACCUUCUCUUGAAUAUAAAAACUAGGGUGAGCCGUUAGGAAAUUAAAUGUGUUCUGAUGUUUGUGAGCCUGAUACUGAUAACCAAUAUUUGCGUUAAACAGAAUGUUCACUUCUAAACUCCAUUGCCAACAUUAAGACGUAAUACAGUAGUAUUAGUACAACGUGCUAAACUUAAACAAAUCACCAUGGGAACCAGUAGAUUGUUUGUGCGGGUUUAUCUAAAUGAAGCACUUUGCCCUAGAAAUGCUCUUAUAAACCAGUGACGUGAAAGCUCUGUACUACAAAAUACAUAACCCAGAUUUAUAUGCCAUGAGGAUUACAGUCCAGAUUUGCUGACUUUUUUCCCUCUCUCGUAUACAAUUCCUGUUUGUAAUAAUGCCCUCUAUCUCAGUUACACGCACACAUGUACAUUUUUUUUUUUUCCCCCUGCUCUGACGUUACUGUGGUAAGAAUGCUGAAUUUCUGUAUACCUCUGGUUAAUGACGUUCAUUCCUAAUCUUUUACGUGCACUUUGAUAAAGAGAGGUUUUGUGUCCUGCUUUACAAUCUGACAUUCAGCCAGUAUUUAAUGACGCUUUAAAGGACAUUAAACUAUGGUUAUGUCUUAAACGGAUACUAAAAGUGCCAGGAAUACAGAGUUGUAUCCCUGGCACUAUAGCUCCCUCUGCCUUCCCACUCCCUUGCGCUCCCCACCCCUCGGGUAAAUAAAGUGUUAAAAACCCUUUAUUUACUUACUUUUUCACAGAUGUCACUGGAGGCAGACUUAGAGCUGCGAUGUAAACAUGGGACAUUGCACCCAGACCACUUCAGUUAGCUUCGACCUGGCUAGGUUUUUCCGAGGCAACCGUCACUAGUGAUUGCUCUGCAUUUUUUUGCACAAAGUUUAUAGUAUAAAUCUGAUGGUUUUUGCAGUAUCUUCCUUAGAUCAAACAGUGAUGCAGAAUGGUGGUGUAUGAAGAUCCUGAUUAGUAAGAGCUUUGGGGACGUACAGCUAUUUUCAUUUUUAGUUCAGACUCCCAGCUGCUGCUGUACAAGUCAGAAUUUGACCAUAUUUUUAGCAAAAAGAUCUCACACAUAAUAGCACCGCUUAAUGGCUGGCAAAGCAUCAUGAUAGUUUUAGUUCUACAACAUUUUGCAUGAUGUUUCUGUGGAAUUUGAGGUAACUCUGAUUUGAAAUGUUUAAUUUUCAAAACCGUGAUAUUUACUAGGGAGACACAAUGUGUGGAUUAUCUCUGACUUGCAUAUUCGGAUUAGGAUACUUGCAUAAGAAAAAUCUUUUAUCAAGCUUUCAGUUUCUAGAACCUGGCAUAUGUUGAGUUUACUACACAAACAAGUUGCACAUUCACAUUCAGUGUGCACAUUCAUAAUUAAAGAACAUUUGAUUAAUUAAUAAGAGGUUUUUUUUUUUUUUUUAAACACACAGCACUUUUUUGUACUACACAAACAGUCCUUCCUGGAUUUUUGUGUAUAAAAGCAAAAUUGUUGCUUGAGAAUGUAAGAAUUGUCAUUGUUCCCCAGAGUCAGUUGUAAUUUCCAUUUCAAUAUGUGAACUGUCAUAGGUAAGAGAGAAAGGAGUGUUGGGAAGAGGGCUGGUAGUUGAUGAAACUUUUGAUGGUAAUUAAAGGGACACUGCAGGCACCCAGACCACUUCAGCUUAUUGAAGUGGUCUGGGUGCAAUGUCCCAUGUCCCUUAACCUUACAGUGGUAAUUAUUGCAGUUUCUGAGAAUAAUUACCUCUAAGGGUUAACUCAUCUUCUAGUAGACAGCCAAUAGAGGGACUUACGGAAUUGAUACAGACCUCCGGUCCGUUAUCUGACACUGGAGGUCCUCACUCUCUGCAAAUUUUUGUUGUUGAUGCAGUGUGCUUUAAAAGGACACUAAGCAUCUAAGUAACUUUAGCUUAAUGAAGCAGUUUUGUUGUAUUGAUCAUGCACAUGCAGUCUCAUUGCUAAAUUCUCUGCCAUUAGAGAGUUAAAUCACUUUAUUUAUGCAGCCCUGGAAACACCUUUCCUGGCUGUAGCUCACACAGCCUACAUGAAAAAUGGAUCUAACUACACAUUGUGUUUUAUUUUAGAAAUUUUAAUCUCCUGCUCUGUUAAUUGAACUUGAAAGGCACACUAUAGUCACCAAAACCCCUCCACUGGCUGUGACUGGCACAGCCGGCAUUAAAGGGACUCUCCAGUGCGAGGAAAAAACCGUUUUCCUGGCACUGCAGGUCCCCUCUCCAUCCCGCCCCCAUCCCAUGUUGCUGAAGGGGUUAAAACCCCUUCAAUGACUUACCUGUAUCCAGCGCCGAUGUCUCUCGAUGCUGGUUCUGGGUCCGUCCACGCUCCUCACCCGCCGACGUCAUCUGGCGGGGGAGACCUAUUGCACAUGCACGGCAAUGCCGUGCACGCACGUUAGACCUCCCCAUAAGAAAGCAUUGAAAAAUGCUUUCAGUGCUUUCCUAUGGGGGUUACAGCGACGCUAUAGCACAAGAAAUGUGUGCUAUCAACCUGGAAGUGCCCUCUAGUGGAGGAGUUAACCAUGCAAGGUAAAUAUUGCAGUUUAUGAAAACUGCAAUAGUUACAGUUGCAGGGUUAAGGGUAGUGGGAGUUGGCACCCAGACCACUCCAAUGGGCAGGAGUGGUCUGGGUGCUUGGAGUGUCCCUUUAAACAAAUGGUUUAAUUUUCAAUCAGAUGUUAACUUGCUCUAGAAGUUUUUAUACAAUGCUCUGUAAAUGAACUUUAAUCACACACAAGAGGCUUGUGCAAUGUCUAGCAAGUCUAUUAACAGAGCAGGAGAUAAGAAAUUCCAAAUUAGACAGACUGUACAAUAAAGAAAGUUUAGAUUAGGUAUCUCAUUACAGGAAGUGUUCAGGAUGGCUGUGUAAGUCACAUGGAGGGAGGUGUGACUAGGGCUAUAUAAACACAAAAAAAGUGAUUUUUAACUCCUAAAUGGCAUAAUUGAGCACAGAGACUGUUUUUUGUUUUGUUUUUUCUUGUAGUGUCCCUUUUAAGGCAUUUUUGUUUUUUCUUUCAGUACUUUUAGAUUUUUUUCUUAGGAAUAAGUUCUGUCAAUGCUCAUUUACACAGCAAUAAAAUACAGGGAUGUAUUCACUAAAACAGGCAUUGUAGAUUAUGAACAAGUGCAUUGCAAAGUUAAGGUCAAAAUAUAUGCAUUGGAAAAAGUCUUAUUCAGUUAUCAUUCUGGUUCAGUUAUUGCGAUUUAAAAUGUGCAGUACUCUUGUUAUUUCUCCAAACAUCCCAUGGCAUUUGUUAAAGACACGUAUCCUAGUAUAUAUGCUUUAGAAAUCUGUGUCAUCUGGUUUUAUUCUUUGAUUUUUUUAUUUAUUGAUUUUUUUUUUAUUGAUUUUUUUUUUUUUUAAAUCCGAGUUUAGAUGAUGGCUUCAGGAUCAUAGGUUAUCAAUCAAAAUAUGUACUUUGAAAGGACUGGACUUCAACUUUUAAUAUUUGAUUUGUGAUUUUUUUUUUUUUUUUCUUCUCCUUUUUCUUUCAACCUUGCUUACCUGGAAAAUCUUUAAACAUGUUCACUCCACCCUCCACUCCCCUCACCUUCCCCUGUAAUUUCCCCCCACAUGCUUUGUGUGUAUCUGUGCUAUAUAUAGUAUCACCCUAAUGACCUGUAUUGGUGAAGCAACGAGAAACUGUAAGCUGUGUCGCCCAGUAACCAUACAGAUGAGCGGUCUUCCUGCUUCCUUAAGACUAGCAGAGUGUGCAUAGCUAUUUUCCUAUGGUGGUUUCCUGUUUUACAGCUGCCCAGCCGAUAAUGUGUUUCAGACAUAAAGCUCAUUGUUUUGGGGUAUUUUCACAUUGACCCUUUAGUUUUAUUUUCCUUUUGUGUGACUACUGGUAUUGUACGGUUUGUGGCUUAUAAUAGCUAUGUUGUGCUAAGAAUUGGUUAAUGUAGAUUAAUGCAAUAUGUAUUGUGUGUGGUUGUGCAAGAAAUGUUUCUAUUCGUUAUAUAUAUUACCUAACAUCAUGAGGAAUGCAAAAAAAAUUGAACACAGGAAUAGUCACAAAACCAUCUCAAACAGCAUUUUAACAGCUUAAGUACAGAGGCAAUCGUACAAGUUCUGAGCACAACAAAACUUAAAAUUUGAGCUGUUCAAAAAAAAAAUACUGUGUGUGUGUGUGUGUGUGUGUGUGUGUGUGUAUAUAUAUAUAUAUAUAUAUAUAUAUAUAUAUAUAUAUAUAUAUAUAUAUAUAUAUAUAUAUAUAUAUAUAUAUGUGUAUGUAUGUAUGUAUUGCUUCAGACCUGUAGAAGAAAUGAAAACUCUUGAAAGCUUGUCUUUGAAAUAUGUUAGUCAUAUAAAAAAGGUAUCAUUGCAUACUGCAAUGUUCUGGUAUUUUGGCAUUUUAUAUAUACAUAUAUUUUUAAUAUUAAUGCAUUGGGGCAAAACAAGCCAGUUAUUUUUAUGCAAAACUGAGUUGGUUCGACUACUUGGGGUUCCCGAACAGACUAAAGACAUAUUGUUCUCAGUCGAACCAACUACCAAAAAGUGAGACCACCCAGGGAAGUCGGGUGCCUCCAAUUGACUAUAUACAUACUGAGAAAUUGCAAGAUUCUAAAUGGUUGGAUGGGUGGCCGUCGUUUGUAUGAUGGGAAAACGUGGCAGCGGCCAUCUUUCCUCACAGACAGGCAGCAGUGUUUGGUCGUUGAGUGCAUGGAACUAUAAUCGGACACUCGACGGCACGAACACCGCUGAAGUUCCAUCCUCUCGUAUGUUCGUUCCCCUUCACCUAUACAGAGCGGCAUUCAAAUGAACAGAACGAACACAAGGCACAUGAUCACCUAUUACACGAACAGUUGCAUUCAUUCGUUUAAUGGUAAAAACUCUCGAAAGAAGACCAAAGCAUACAACCACCCGGAACUGUUUUGACACUUCACCUCGUGGUUGACCGGUCUAAACUUAACUCGAAUGGCUUUCCUAUUCUACCGAACGGAUCUGAGCGGGAUUUCGACAGAGUGGCUGCUCAGAUCCCUGCUAUUCGGUGGAGUUCUGACUAUUAUGAGUUAUGAUGGUUUGAAAUAUUGAUUAUUUUUCUGUACUUGGGAGAUAAUUUAACGAAUUGUCCUUAAUCCAUUAUCUUCCAAGUACAGAGAAGGAGUCUGGGAAAUGGGGCUUUGUUCCCUGUCCUCAACAAGGUUAACUGGGGGAAAACCCCUGGAAUGUAAUUUAAAGAAACCCCUUGCAUGGGGAAUUGUAUAAAAGCCAGCUGUGGCUCAAUAAAAUCCAGUUGACUCCCAAACUGUGUAUUGUCCGGUUAUUGGGGAAUUUGGAUAAGAUUGCUGAGCUAUACGCUUCUCUUGGAUAUUAUACAGGUCUACCAGCGGAGAUAUUGAUGUGAAUAUUGCAAUUCCGCUACAUAUUGUCACAUCCUGUCCUGUUCUGCGGAGAUGUCUGGCCUUGGCUUCUGGUAUCCAGUAUUAUUUUUACAAUUCUUGUUUAGUUUUUCUUUUUUUUGUUGUUUUUUUGUUUUGUUUUGUUUUCUAGUCCAUGUCUGGUUUUCUUUAUGCUGGGUUUUCUGGGUUCAUUCCUGUAUUCCGUUCCUGGAAUUCCCAGUCUCUUGGAUUCCUUUAAAUGUUUGUUUUAUGUUGCCAUACCCGUUCCUUUUCCAUUUAUCCUUUUUUGUUUCAGUUGGUUCCUGCAGGCAGUUGCUACAAGUCCUCUGCCCUUUUCUUGCAGGUAAGUGCUGUGUUUAUGUUUUAUUAUUGUUUAUUUAGUCAUGCGUAGAUAGGUCCCACCUUAAUUGGAGGACUUGGUACGCAGUUGGUGGGCUGCAUACACUUUGGCCAUUUAUGUAUGUCUAAAUCUCCAAUAUUUAUUACAUAUAUAGUACUUAGUUUUGCCUCCUCUUGUUUUGCCUUGCAUCUCUGGUCUUGUUUUUAUUUUGUCUUGUAUUCCUAGUUCAUGUACAGUCCUGUCCUGCCCUGUUCAUGUUUCCCUCCUGUCUUGUGUACAUGUAAUGGGUUCGUCUUGUCUUGUUUACUUGUUUGGUGUCUGUCCUAGUCUUGCCUUGUUUCUGUACUGGAUACAUGUCUGCUGCAGAGCCCCCGUAUCUAAUUCCUGGGAGGUCUGCAUAUCAAGCUCCUAGCUCUUGCGAUCUGCAGAAGCUGCAUCAGGGCCUUGGUAUGUGGCCGCACAAACGCUGGUGCUCAACACCAGGGGGCGUGUGGUUACCCUGCACCAGGCCCUGAUAGUCCAUUACCAUGCUGAGACUCCCUUCAUCAUCAGGCUCUCUGGGGUCCCAGUCUCCGUACCGCCACCCUUGACAUAUAUGUAUUAAUAUCAAACUAUACAAAUAAAUUAAUUAUACAUAAAAUUAAUUCUCAGUGGAUAUUUAUACACUAUUUUUCCAUUAUGUGUUUUUAUUCAUUAUAUAGUAAAACAGAACAGGUAAAAGGAAAGUAGUGCAACAAACGUGAAGGCAAGCCUCUAUAUAGGUAUCACUUCCCAAAUCACCCAAUAGAAAAGUGUUCAAGUAUAAUCAAACAGAAUAUACAAAAAUAAGGCGCCUCAAUCACCAUGGUGUGAUAGUAAUUACCACUCAGAUGAUGAAUCCAUCCUUUUAUCCAUCCUUUUAUCCAUGUAUAAAAGGAAAAGAAUAUAAUCAUAGUAUAGUAAUUUAUUAACAACAAAUAGUCUAAUAAAAUAGUUAAAAUCACACUCACAAAAGACAUGGGACAAUUAUAAAUACUCCUAAAUUGUGCAAAAGAGUUUUUUUCAAGCCACUAAAUGGGCUAAGUUCCCUGGUGCAGCCUAUGGUACCUCUUGACACCAACAGUCUCACUUUCUUGGAUGUCCAAUUAGUACUGAAGGAUCCAUAAACGUUCUUCUAACGGAGAGAAAGGCUGUAUAAAUCUUUUUGGGGAACAGCUCUUACUAUUGCCGCUCGACUCGUUUCGUCCUCAUCGACUUUUUCAAGAGCCUGGUGAUCUUUCGUGUUCCCGUGGUUUAUAUUCACAAUUUCGCGUGUUUUUCCGGUAUGUGCGAGCGACGGAUGUAACACAUUACAUGUAAUUGUGCUCUGCCAUCUCCCUGCGCAUGCACGCGCAACCAACCUGGAACGCAAAGAAACUUUAUUGAUAAUGUUCGCGAACUGCUAUAAAGUACAAGCCGAAUAAAGUAUAUGUUCGGAACUUUUUGCAUUUGCUAUUUCGAACACAUAGAAGAGCACUUACAAUUUGAAUACUAUAAUGAGAAAUUGUAAUAAAUAAAUGGUCUACUCAAAAAUAAUCUACUUAAAAACAUACUACAACACAGGACCUGUAAUGGCUGUUAUAAAAAUAUCAGAAAUGCAUGCUCAGGAAUCAAAAAUAUUCGGUAAAAUAUAAGUACAGAUAUAAAAUCUAAAACCACUUUAAAGAGAAAACAUAUAUUAAAAAAAGCAAAUAUAUAUUAACAAAUUAUGCAGUGUAUAUAUUGGCAUACACAUAGAACAUUUAUUGCAAGGUAUUAAAAAAAUAACUAAAUAUAUAUAGAAACAACAUUGUCUCCCAAUAAAAAACAUUAUGAAAGGCCAUUAAUCCAUAAAAAACAGUCUGAUAUUUUUACAUCUAUUACAGGUUCUGUGUACAAAAUCAUACAAAAAUACCGCCACUCCAAAGUUUUCAUUCAGGUGUGUUCUUUGUUUGACAAAUUCCAGCAAGUCAACGUUUCGGUCCCUCUUGGGAACUUUCAUCAGGACAUCAACCUUUGCUGUUUAGUGAGUGGGAGUGCGUUGGAUCUUGUAUGUUGUAUGAAUUGGCCAUAAGAGGGCUCUGUGUUUGUGUAUAUCUAUGUGUGCGCGUGUGAUGGAAAUUGCUGUUGAACACAAACAUGUGUUGAGUGCAAGACAAGCUUCUAAAACUGUAUCAUUAAAGGGUUAAAUAGUCUCUUUUGUUUCUAUAAGCUCAGAUUGCAUUUACAAAACUGAAGCACAUAGAUUUAGGUAUAUGCAAUUCUGAACUAAAAUCUGAAUCAUUUAUCAACAAGCAGCCUGGCAACUUUGAUCUGGCCUUGUUAGUAAUGGGAACAAACAUAUUGUAAAACCCACAAUACAGAGUAAGGCCAUUGCUUUCUGGUUGUCCUUGUCCUUCACUGAAUUUGGCAUUUAAUGUGUUUUAUAUGCCAGAUAAAAGUUUUGUUCCCUGACCUACUGAGUGCAGUGUCCUUACUGAAUGAUACGGAACAGCACAAGAAAAUUUAGUAAAAGACCACUCGGUCACACAACAACAUAUGCUCAUUGCGUUGCUUAUUGUUAAUUCCAAUAUUGAAUUAAAAUAUAAAUUGUGGAUUCCAAUAUUCUUGAAUGGGUAAGGCAGUGGCUUAAUGACAGGCAACAGAGGGCUGUAUUCAACAGAGUAAAUUCAAAGCAAGGUCUAGUUACCAGUGGGGUACCUCAGGGAUCUGUACUUGGACCCAUUCUCUCUAAUAUUUUUCAUUAGUGAUAUUGCAGAAGGUCUUGAUAGUAAGGUAUGUCUUUUUGCUGAUGAUACUAAGUUAUGUAACAGGGUUGAUCCAGGAUGGAUAAGCAAAAUGGCAAAUGAUUUAGAUACAUUUUAAAAAAUGGUCAGAGCUGUGGCAACUGACAUUAAAUGUGGAUAAGUGCAAGAUAAUGCAUAUUGGGCAUAAAAACCCAAGGGAAGAGUAUAGAAUAUGUAAUACCCUACUAACCUCAACAUCAGAGGAAAGGGAUUUAGGGGUAAUUAUUUCUGAUGACUUAAAGGUAGGCAGACAAUGUAAUAGAGCAGCAGGAAAUGCUAGCAGAAUGCUUGGUUGUAUAGGGAGAGGUAUUAGCAGUAGAAAGAGGGAAGUGUUCAUGCCAUUGUACAGAAUACAGGUGAGACCUCACUUUGAGUAUUGUACACAGUACUGGAGACCGUAUCUUCACAAGGAUAUUGAUACAUUAGAGAGAGAGUUCAGAGAAGGGCUAUUAAACUGGUUCAUGGAUUACAGGAUAAAACUUACAAGGAAAGGUUAAAGGAUCUUAACAUGUAUAGCUUGGAGGAAAGACGAGACAGGGGGGAUAUGAUAGAAACAUUUAAAUACAUAAAGGGAAUCAACACCGUAAAGGAGGAGACUUUAUUUAAAACAAGGAAAACUACCACAACAAGAGGACAUAGUCUUUAAUUAGAGAGGCAAAGGUUUAAAAAUAUCAGGAAGUAUUACUUUACAGAGAGAGUAGUGGAUGCAUUGAAUAGCCUUCCAGCUGAAGUGGUAGAGGUUAACACAGUGAAGGAGUUUAAAGGACCACUAUAGUGCCAAGAAAACAAACUCGUGUCCUUACUGACUCGUGUCCCCCCCGCCGACGUCAGAUCUGGAUGCGCGAAUGCUUGGCAAGAGCCUUGUGCAUUCAUACUGCCCAUAGGAAAGCAUUACUCAAUGCUUUCCUAUGGACGGCCAGCAUCUUCUCACUGUGGUUUUCAAAGUGAGAAUCGCUGAAGCGCCUCUAGCGGCUGUCAGUGAGACAGCCACUAGAGGCUGGAUUAACCCUCAGUGAAACAUAGCAGUUUCUGUAAAACUGCUAUGUUUUCAGCUGCAGGAUUAAAACUAGAGGGACCUGGUUCCCAGACCAUUUAAUUGAGCUGAAGUGGUCUAAGUGCCUAUAGUGGUCCUUUAAGCAUGCGUGGGAUAGGCAUAAGGCUAUCCUAGCUAUAAGAUAAGACCAGGACUAAUGAACGGAUUUAGAAAAUUGGGCAGACUAGAUGGGCCGAAUGGGUCUUAACUGCUGUCACAUUCUAUGUUUAAUAGUUUUUCCUUGUUCCAUUUUUGCUGCACAGUGUGGCUUAUAAAUGCAGUUAAUAGAAAAUGCUGCUAAAAGAUAUGAUUGACCCAGGGAGGUAGGAAUGUUUAGGUUCUCCUUUUCUGUCCAAUCGGUGUUUUCAGUGUGAACCAUACAGGGUAGAACAUAGCACAAGUCCCUGUUUCAUGCUCUGACCCACUCACUCUCAAAAUGUCCACACAUCCUUUCACCAGUAGGAGUUGGUGACAAAGGGGGUUAAGUGACACGAGCCGCAGUGGACAUUGGAGAAGUGCUUUAAAACAACACUACUGGGCCCUGCACUCACACUCUCUCCCUCUCCCAGGAAUCCUCCAGGAAUACAUUUACUUUUGCAUUAUCAGAUUGGUGAUUGAACACAGAACUUGUAAGGCCCUCAGACUUAUAGACCAUAUUCUUUAUCUAUGAUUAUAUCAUUUUAUGGCAUGUUAUGGCCGUUAUAUUUGCAGGAUUGGGUGGCAUUAAAAUGCCUUAACCAUUUAGGCGCUGAGCAAAUAAAGACUUGCCUCUCUUUACUUUUGUUAAAUUGUCUGUGUAGAGAACCAUUCACCGCGCGCAUGCAUGUUGCUGUUGCGUCUCAAUGACAAGUUGAAUUAAGUGCAUUUCAUAGAGCAGCGUUAGACGUAUACAGCGACAACGAGUUUUAAUAAUUGAUUCAAUCUCAAUCCAAAGCCAAUAGUUGCAAGUUUGACAGCCACUAUUGGUUGUGGAAACUGUAUGUUAACUGGAAAUGUCACCAUUUUAAAGGAACACUAUAGUCACCUAAAUUACUUUAGCUAAAUAAAGCAGUUUUAGUGUAUACAUCAUUCCCCUGCAGUCUCACUGCUCAAUUCACUGUCAUUUAGGAGUUAAAUCACUUUGUUUCUGUUUAUGCAGCCCUAGCCACACCUCCCCUGGCUAUGAUUGACGGAGCCUGCAUGAAAAAAAAAAUGGUUUCACUUUCAGAUGUAAUUUACCUUAAAUAAGUGUAUCUCAAUCUCUAAAUUGAACUUUAAUCACAUACAGGAGGCUAUUGCAGGGUCUAGCAAGCUAUUAACAUAGCAGGGGAUAAGAAAAUAUUAAUUAAACAGAACUUGCAAUAAAGAAAGCCUAAAUAGGGCUCUCUUUACAGGAAGUGUUUAUGGAAGGCUGUGCAAGUCACAUGCAGGGAGGUGUGACUAGGGUUCAUAAACAAAGGGAUGGCAGAUGAUUGAGCAAUGAGGCUGCAGGGGCAUGUUCUAUAUACCAAAACUGCUUCAUUAAGCUAAAGUUGUUCAGGUGACUAUAGUGUCCCUUUAAUGUUAAAUGUUGCAGGGGCAGCAACAUACUCGCCAUGCUCACUUUAUUAAAAAGUUAAACUUGAACAAAAGGCAAGAGAAAGUGUGCCAGUUUUGAGGUAACAGCCAAUGAAUGUUUAGAAAAAAAUUGGCAUUUAGAAAGCUUCAAUGGACAUUUUUGGCAUAACAUCUAUGGUUGUUGCCUUGAUUUUGAUGGAAGUAGUUUUUGCAAGUUGCCCCUCUGUUUGUCAAACAGCAUUUGUGCAUUUUAUUUCCCCCUCAGAAACCAUAAAGUGCCACUGGUGCCUUAGACAGUCAGAAGUACCUCCUUUAGUAUGAGUUAAAUACUACUUCCCUAAAUCACGUCGCUGUGGUACAUGCAGAUUCAGUUUCGAUGACUAAUUCUGUAGUGUGUUUCCCUGAGGUUGCAAGUAUAGUAUUACUGCUUGCAACGAAACAAGUUGGGAAUGUAAAUAAUGAAAUGAGAUUUCCUCCACUAACACUGUAUGUAUGCAUCCCCUCCAGUAUUCACGGAUGGUUAUUUAGUAAAGCAUGGGCAUUUUUUACUCUCUUUCAUUUGAUGUGUCUUGUUUGCUAUGAAUUUUAAUAGGUUUGCAAUAGUUUGUGUAUUCUAAGAUGAACAUUUUGAAAAAUAACUUCUACCUGUAAGUUUCAGGGCCUUAGCUCUAUUUCAUCUUGGUUUAUCUCUAUACACAUUUAAAGGACCACUCAACUUUUUGUUGUUGUUGCAAAAUCAAAAGGACUUCAUCAAGUUAUGGUACUUUAUGGGUGUGGAGUGGUCCUUUUACGUUAUUGUAAACAGAAUUGUAUGACCUUCAAAUAGAACGAACAAUUGUAUAAGCAUUCAAUGUUUUAGCAUGUGCGUAAAUUACAUAGUAUCCUUUCUUGUGCCUUCUUGUUAGUAUCUGUUCGCUAUUGUCCUAUAUCCUAGAGAUAUAAUGUACGUCUAAUCCUAUCCACAAAUCUUUUGUAUUGCAUUGUGGGAUUGCAAAAUGCAACCUUGCCUAGCCACUACGAAUUUUCAAGUGCUAGCACUCUGUGUAAAUCACUGAUUGCUUUCUUUUGGCAAUCAUUACAUCCCAGAUGCUUGCGUUGUAGUUAAAGGGACACACCAAGCACUAUAACAACUUGUGCUUAUUGCAAGAACAAACCAUGCCCUUAUUGCUUAUAGCAGCAACGAUUUGCAAAAGUUGAUGCAGCAUGGCCUUUCAAUGACAAAUGUAGAUGAAAAGAAUAGAAAAAGAAGAAAAAUUUGCUUCUGCAAGUUAUACCCUCAAUAGCCAGAUAUCACAGCACAGAUAUCACAGCACUUAUGUAGUAUUGCUGUCACCCACAAAUAAAAUACAUUACAGGAACAAACAUUUCUUUCUGCUAACAAUACAAGUACUUGUAUGGAACGUCUAAACAAAUUUAAAAGGUUCAUAAAAUUGAGAUUUGAAGUGAAAAUGCUUGGUUAUAAUUAAUGAGCAAUAUUAAUUACUUGUUUUUCUUUGGUUUUCUGUUAGCCAAGACCUGUCUGGAUCUUUUGAGAAGCAUGAGUCGGUGGCUACAACCGAAGCCAGAUUAAGAAUGGAAGGUGUGGAGUUAAAGGAGGAGUGGCAGGAUGAGGACUUUCCAAGGCAAGUGUGCAUAAACAUUUUUGUGUUUGUAACAAGUCAAUGUAAAGCAAAUAUAAUACAAAAACCUAGUGGUGAGUGGGGAACAACUUCAUUAAAUUUUGUAGUUCCUGCUUUUAUAACUUUGCUAAAUUCCUCCAACAACUGUCCUAUAUUGGCUAACAAAAGGGUGUGCUGAGUUAGAUUAAAAUUAAACGUUAUUAAUAUGUAAUGUUUACAUAAUCAUAUAAAUUGCACUUUUUAACCUAAACCUUUGCAGCAUGCAGUGGUUCUGGAGCAUUUUUGGAGGUAAUGAGUCUGCUUAGUGCCAAGGUUGUAACAGUUUGCUUCCAGUGUUUAAAUAUAUUGGGUGCCGUGAUUUCUAAUUCAGAGGAGAGGGUGGAGUUUUACAGAAAUAAUGCAGAGCUAGGGCAGGUGUGGUUUAUAUGGGUAAAAGGAAAGUUUGGAGGUUGGUGGAGAAUUGCAAUAGCUCAAGACUGUGGAUGUUUCUACAAGAUUGAUAUACCAAGGGUGGUAUGAUUUGGGUACGGGGUAUGCAGGUGGUGGUCAAAUUGAGGAAAUGAAACACUGGCGAGAUUAGAGGCAGCACGGAGAUUGCUGAAAAUGAGAUCGAGAGUUUUGAUAAGUAAAACAUUAUAUCCCGCUUGGCAUUGGGCUCCAUGCUGCUGCCCCAGCUCCUUGGCUAAGAUUGCCAAUCCAAUGCUUCCCCAUAGGCAAACAUUUGGAGGCUAGUGCAAAUGCAUAGCAAAUCUCUGCAAUGCACCCUUCAGCAUCUCCUCAUAGAGCAUUAAUAUGGGGAGCGUCCAGCGUCUCCAUGCAGUGUGGACAAGCUGAACAUUGGUCCUUCAAUCUUUGCAGGACCGAACCAAAGAAGUUCCACUACAGUCUGUCCGAGUGACAGCCACAAGAGGUGCAAAUGGGCAUUACUGCCUUUUCUCAAAAAUGGUGACUUUAGUGUCUCUUUAACAUGUUGGCAAAUGGUCCAGCCUUUUACAAAGGUUAUAUUAAUGUGUUUUUUUAGUUUUUCUUGUAACUAAACACACUUACUGUAUAAUUAUACCCUUUAGACCUUUGCCAGAAGAUGACCAUAUUGAGGGUGAAUACUUAACUGGAGAAGGAAGAACAGGUAAGAAAAUGCAUUGUUUUAGUUAUAACACACAUCUGAUAACAUCUGAAUUUAAAAUCAAGCUUUCCUUUUUUUUCAUUUCACCUAUUCCUACAGUACUCAUGUGAUGUUAGACAGGAGUCAUGGGUUGUAUUUCGGAGUUCUAUUAUAUUUAAGACUAUUAAUAGGUGUAAUGUCUAUGGCUCCUAGUGAUUUAUUUAAUUUUUUUUAAUAUCAUUACUCAAAAAAUGUAAAUGUUCACUUUUAACACUAAAGACACUGAAUUCAAAAAAUGUUAAGAGCUCUAUAACCUCAACAGUUCCAAUACUGCUUUAGCAAUAUAAUUUCUGUGCAUUUUUGGAUGACAUUCAGUUGAACAUUAACUGGAGCACUCAUCUAACGAUGCUGUUCCAACUUGGACAAAAUUAAUAUUGCUAAUUUGAACUUCUACAUUAGUGGUAUUGAAAGAACAGCAAGUGGGCAAAGCUCAGUUUGUGUCGGAGAGAUCAAAAAUGCUGUAGUAAAUGUUAGUUUGAGUGUCCCUUUAAUAUCUCUAUGCACAGUCUUGGUAAUGCCAUGCUGCCUAAUCAUGCUAUGCACAACUAUGUAAUUAAAUCUGUUUUAAUUGAUUCUGUUUGCCAGUACUUGGCCUAUCUUUUUACUAUCACAAAUCAGUUUUAUUUUUUUUAUUACAAAAAUACCGAACAUUGUAAGGGUUUUAGUUAGUGUUGUAUAGAAUGAGCACAUUGUAGUCUGGCAUUGCAACAGCAGUAAAGCACCUUGAUAUUUAUGGCAACAUAUUUUACUCUUGACCUUGUACUAGAUUCCAUAAAGCACAGGACAUUUUCCCUAAUGAACCUGAAUGUUUUUUCCUUGAGAGAUUGUUGUUUUUAUGCAUUGUUUAAUUACUUUGCAGGAAACGCAGAAUCCAUGGUAGAAUUUCCAUGACCGUGCUAUAAACCGUUUUUGCAUGCCUAAAUGACGUUGCAAAGAACGCAGGAGAACCAAUAAAAUACUGGCCCUGAGUAGGCUGUGCUUUUGGUAGUCCAACUAUCCAUUUCAACACAACUAUCAAAAAUACAAUAUUUAUACCACUAUGUUUUGGUGGUGACAGUCCAUGAAGUUUCUUAAAGAAUUGCAAGUAGGUCCUUCCAGUCAGGCAAAGCAGAAAGUAAAACAAAGCUCCUCCCCUUUUUUAUUGCUCCUUUGCGUAGAAUCCCAUUAUACAGGUAACAGUAAAGAUGAGAAAAAUUAAAUAGUACAAGUUGGGAAAAACUUUGUGCAGUAAAAGAUCUAUAGACAAGACAAUGGCACCAAACCCCAAAAAAAACUUUUUGGGAUUUCCUGGACUGUGUCCACAGAGGAGAAAUGAGUGUAUCAAGCAUACAUUUGGCUUUUCUUGUUAAAUCAGCAACAUUCUACAAUCAUUUUAUUUUUAUGUAUGACUCUGUUAUGAUACACUUUAAUUACCAUUUGAGAUUUGCCCUUAUUUAUUUUGGUAGUGUGGCCAUCUAGGGAUUACAACACCACAAUUUCCAAGCCCUCACGGUCAAUUACUGAUGGAAAAUCUUCCAAACUAUUUUAGCAACACACCCGCCCCCGCUAUUCCAAUGUACAUGAUAGCUAAACAUUUUUGAGUUCUUUGAAGUUGAGUGCCCAAGGGAAGUAAAUGCUGUAGAAUGACAUCUAGAUGGUAUCUUAACUUUUGGGGGAGCUUUCUCACAUUUCAAUCUUGAUAAUCUCACAUUUAUCCAGAGCACCUAGAUGGACAUAAAAAUACUGGACUGUUUUGUGUUGUAACAUAUCAUUGGGCAGUAAAGUAUAACCUUCCUAACAAUACCUUAAUUGUCUCUUGUUUUGUAUUUCUCUGUUUAUUGUUGGCCCUGUCUGUCUGCUUUAGCUUGGGCAUUUCCGGUGCUGGAUCAGUCAGUUUAUUGUAUCCCUUACUCAGCAUCUCAUAAUUCACGCAAGUAUCUACCUCCUGGCUAUUUCUGCAUGCUGAUCUGUCUGCCUGUCUGUGCCUGCUCUUCUAACCAAAUGUGGUUAUUCCAAUUGUGUACGUCUCCCUCAGUCAGCUCGGUGCGAUACAAAUGACUGCUCUUUAUUUGUCAGGAUUGACAUGGUAAUCUUUCAAUACAAACUAAUAGCAGAAACAGGUAACCAGUGAAUAUUUUACCGCUUUAAGUUUUCUUUUAAAAUUAUCUUGUAAAAUUAAAGCAUAGGUUCUUGCCCUUAGUAGAUUUUAAUAAUUUGCUGUUACAUUGUGGAAAGAUGUUGUCUCUGGUACAAUCAUUCUUGCUGUGGGGAAAACUAAAUUCUAUUCCUUAAUUAAAAUAAAUACAAUAAUCAAUAUGAAAAUGUUAGUGUGUCCCAGUGUUGGUUGCAUGACCAGUUCAUUUCAUUCUCCUCACACACUGCACUUUUUCUGGUCACAUAGUUGAUGAAUAUAUAUAUAAAUGUGUAUAAUACACAAUCACAGAAAUUAAACCUACACUAUUUCUUCUUCAGAUGUGUUUCCUUGGCACAAAGAAAAUCAAAUUUUUUUUUUUUUUUUUGUAUACAGUCGCAUCAUUUGUUUUCUGUGAGCAAAGAUGUGGAGGCAAGUCUUGUAGCAUACACAGUCAGUUUUAACUUGAAUUCUUCCCUGAGCCAGGCUGGUGUAGUACACGUCGGUUUGACCCUGUGCAUACUUACCAACAUUAGAAGGUGUGAAAAUGAUACAGAUGGGAAUGUAGCAACAAAAUGGGGCUAGACCAUUAUACAGUAUGUGUCUGCUGUUUAUUUCGGGAGAUGGGCCAAAAAUAGGAGUGUCAGCCCAGCAAACGUACCGGAGUUCAUGUGCAAUGGUGCCAUCCAUCCAGGCCUGCACAUGCACUGGGGAAGAACUUUUGCAUUGGCAGGAAUAAUAAACAAUUAUCAUAUGCACAUAAAGCUUUCUACAAAUACACAAAAAUAAGUCCUGCGUUCAAACUCUGACCACUACUGGGCAGCAGCAAUGACCCAAUACAUACAAUAAAACCAAAGAAAACAUGGUUACUUGCACACUAUUUCAAAUCCUUGUGCAUAUUUAUAUAAAUGGAGGUUUUUAGUUCCACUGCAGUGGCCAUUAGAUGUAAGCCCACCUGCCACGUAAAUCUCUUCGGUGGGUCCUACACUGACAAAUCACCUUGCUUGUUUCAGCUCAAGGUAAACAAAAUUUUUUUUAUUAUUAUUUUUUUUAUUUUUUUUUUUUUAAACACGGCUUACUUAUUAACCCUUAGUAGCAGACACAUAGGUGUGUCUAAUGAUUUAGUCUGGUGUACCAAAAGAGGGAUUCCGGGGUAAAAGCCUGGAUGGUAGAAUAGGGGUUGAAAGCAGGCACUGCCCAUUGAAUCUAUGGCUUUGGGUUGUAAGUAUGCAAAUCAAAAUUUCAAGUUAGACAUGCGUAUGAGUGCGUGACUGUGGGGAAAAAAUUAAAUAUCCGAAGCUCUGCCUGCAAAAAUCUGCCUGUAACAGAUUUUGGGUACAAAUGUUUGUCUUCCAUGCUGUAUUUAAACUCUUUGCUGGGUUUUAUUUUUUUAUUUUUUUUUUGUUUUCACAGCCAGACUUUGUGAAUGUCUUUGUUUGGUGCAGUGAAUCUUGUUGCACACAACCUACAGGUCAUUGCCCAAAGGCAAAUGAAUAACCCCUGGCAAAGUCACGUGGUUACUGAUAAAGGCUGUUUUGAUGGAAAAUGUAUUGUGAAGAGUUGUAUCAGAUUAGGAGAUUGUUUAUCAGCAUACAUUUUUACUGUAUCACAUCUUCCUCGGCUUUAUUUACAAAAAUAUACAUUUUAAACCUCUGCUCACUCAUACAUUGCAUGUUGAGAACGACUAAAUUAUUUGACUUCACAAUCAUUCAUUCCGCAAUUUAAAGUUUUGCACGCUUUUAAACUUGCAUAGAACUUAGAGAAGUUGACGUUUUUCAUAUCAAACGUGGCAUAAAGUAUAUUAUGGGUGCUGUUUCUUUAGAAAGCAAUGACGCACAGAUUUAAGGCAGACACACUGAGUUGGUACAUAAAAGUACCAGAGAAUUUAAGCUAUUGUUCACCCCGUGUAUGUGUGUGUGUGUGUGUGUGUGUGUGUGUGUAUGUGUGUAUAUAUAUAUAUAUAUAUAUAUAUAUAUAUAGACUUUUGCAUUACAUUAAGUUGCAGCAGUCUUGCUCAUGUGUCAUGACUAAAACACAUUAUUAAUCUUCUUAAAUUGUGUUCCUUUUUUUUUUUUCCCCUCUCUCUCUCUAGUUCCAAGUCCUUUGGACAUGAACGGCAGUAAGAAGACUAGAAAGAAGUUAGCCGCCCCCAACCUUAGUUCUACACUGGAUUGCAGUGAUGGCUCAAUUUUAUCUGAGGACUUGGAUGAAAGUGGAGACUUGGAUUUAGAUGACGUAGAUACUCCUUCUGAGAACAGCAAUGAAUAUGAAUGGGAAGGUAAUACGUUGACUUUUUACUAAAAUAAAUCUUAAGCUGGAGAAAGGAUUUCAAAUGUAUUAUACAUGAUAUAUUUGAAGGCAAAUGUUUUAGUCGAAGCCUGUAUUGAUGGAGCUCUGGAUUGUCAUUAAAUCAAUAAUGUAACAGUUUUCGCUCCCGACAAUGAAAUGAAUAGUGGUUUUCUUGUAACUAACCUAGAUGUCUGUGUAGUCCUUAAAUGCAAGUCUGCCUGCACAAGUUCACUUCCCUUUAUUAGCUGAAAUGCAUACUAUUGUCAUAGAGGAAUUGUGAUCAUAAUCCAUCUGGUUUAUACAUUUUAAGUAUUGAUUUUAAUAUCACAAACAUCAGGAUUGCAUCACUUGAUAACAAAAAUGUACACAAUAAUUGUGCUAUCCUGACUGGUAGUAUGCUUAAAUGAGCAUUCAACACAUAAGCGUUAUGAUCGUUGAUCUCCCCUUUCCUGAGUGGUUUGACAAACAGACUUUCCUAACACUCAAAGAAUGGAACUUCUGCUGCGGCUAUGAAAACGUGGAAUUUUUAUUUCUGCAUUAUCUGUCCAGUUCAGUUCAACAGUAAUAGGCUGCAGGAUCUGGUGGUGGCUUUAACACAGAACUGGCUAUUACCAUCCAAGGUUGGAUGGCUUUGGACCGAUAAUGCAGAAGUGAGACUUCCACAUAAUUGAGUGGCAGAGAGCCAGGCUUUGGGUACAGCUCCAGCCAUGUUUAAAGGGACACUCCAGGCACCCAGACCACUUCUGCCCAUUGGAGUGGUCUGGGUGCCAACUCCCACUACCCCUAACCCUGCAAGUGUAAUUAUUGCAGGUUUUAUAAACUGCAAUAAUUACCUUGCAGGGUUAACUCCUUUGUCUACUAGACAGCCACUAGAGGGCGCUUCCAGGUUCCUAGCACACGAAAAGUAUGCUAUAGCGUCGCUGGACGUCCUCCCGCUAUGUGAGGACCUCCAGCGUCUCUGAAAUCCCCGUAGGAAAGCAUUGAAAGCAUUUUUCAAUGCUUUCCUAUGGGGAGGUCUAAUGCGCAUGCACAUUAAGUCUCCCCCUCCGGUGGCCGCGCAUGCGCAAUGGGUCUCCCCCGCCGGAUGACGUUGGCGGGGCAGGAGCGUGGUUGGACCCUGAACCAGCGCCGAGGGACAUCAACGCUGGAUACAAGUAAGUCACUGAAUGGGGUUUUAACCCCUUCAGCAACUUGGGUUGGGGGGUGGGAGGGAGAGGGGACCUGCAGUGCCAGGAAAACACUUUGUCCCUUUAAUAAUCUAUUUGGUAACCUGCUUAUAAGUGGAGAAUGGCACCUGAAGACAAUGAGCUGAAAAAACAAUUAUUAUUUAUCUGGCCAAGAUGCAAAACCUUAUUUAAACCGCAACUAGUGCUUCAAAGGUCAAGGCAUGUUUUCUAAUAGCUUACUAUCCGACUGUAGUGUUUAUGGUAGUUGGAGUAUUCCUUUAAUCUGUAUGCUAUCUUUGUAUAGUGUGGAUAUUAACACUGCUAAUGCAGAAUUCCGGCAAACAACGGUCAGCCUUAGAGUCCCCCACAGUUUUGGUCAAACCUAGACCCGCUUUAAAGUAUGAUUAUGUGAUGCUUGAGAAUUGAAAAAGUGCACUGACCACUGGAGAGCCUUCGAUGCCCCUGCUUUAUGGCAUUAGCAAAUUGUUAGUAUCAAAAUUCACAUUAUAAGAACUAGCUCUAUCAGGUUAAUUUAGCUAUGUAUUAAAUGUUUUCUGGAUCUUUUGGUCAUAUUGUAAAAUAAAAUCUCUAAGUGUUUCAGGAUAAUAUGAAAGAAAAAAAAAAUAGUGUUACUUACUACAUGUAUUGAUUUUCAUAACUCUGUGUUUUUCUUUAAGAUGUCCUGUGACUAACCAUGUGCUUUUUUAUUUUAUUUUUUCAUGCGCUGUUAAUUGCAUUCAUGGACUGCAUGCCUUAACCUCAGGCUGUGCACUAAUGAAGCAGUUGAACAGCUAGAUGUUAGCCCUUUAAUUAAAGAGACGGUAAAGGGUUCCUAUCUCCUCUCUUUUUUUAUUUUCUAUGCUGCUGUCAGAACUGUCUCUGGAGGAUAGUUUGCCUUAACAGCUAAGUGUUGGAAACUGACAACAAAAAAAAAAAAUCAUAGGUCGUUCCCUCCUUGCUCUGUGGUAAGGACCCAUGCUACUUGGUUUCUGGAAAUCAUGAAAACAACCAAAUUAUCAAUGCAAUCAGUGAAAAUACUGUGUUUCGUCCGUGUAUAAUAUUCCAAGCUUUCUGAUUUUACCGCAUGCACACAUCUUAAUUCACAUCUGAUCUUCCGCUUGCCUGUUGCAGAGUACUGUUUGUACGUCUUGUGCUGCUUUGGCCAUUCAAUCAAUUUAAACAGUUGGUAAGCAAUAGUUUUAGGUAACCGCUCUCCAUUUGUGUUUGGCCUCUGGGAGCAAACUUGAAACCCCAUUAAACAUACACAAGAAUGCAACUUUUACUAAGACCAACUGCUAGGAGUUGAGUUGAUUGUGUAGUGUGUAGUGUGUGUGUGUGUGUGUGUGUGUGUGUGUGUAUAUGUGUAAUUGUUUUAUACAUUCACACACACACACACAUACAUGCAUACAUACAUACAUACAUACAUACAUAUUAGGGUUUGAUUGUAGAUAGUGGUCACUUAUUUAAAGUGGCCCCAGUUUUCAGACAUGCUCAUCGCAUCACAUGACCUCUUAGCCUCCGAGCAUCAUAACUACUGCAAUAAAUGAUGGUAGUGCCGCUUUUUGUUUAGUUUAGUUUUUUUUUUUUAAUGAAUAGAUGCAUGGUUUUUUAUUUUCCUUUUCUUUUUAUGAAGUAUGUAUGUUAAUGUGAAUAUUACUAAAUUUUAAAAUGAUAUAUUAUUGAACUGUUGUGGUGCACUGUAAUACUCAUAUACACCAGGCAAUGCUCUGUCCAUAGGACAGAGACAUUUGGACCCCCAAAGAUGGACAGUUAGGUAGUAUGUUGUUCCCAGAGGCCACAAUGAAAAGUGGUUGACUAAGGCACAUAAAUGGAGAUGCACUAAGAGGUGAAAAGUUGCAGAGAUUAUACUUUGUGAGAACCUACAAAGUUGUUUUAUGGAACCUAAUUUGUCAUGUUGAAAAGCAGGCUCCAUAGAAUGGCAUAGAUGGUUUUACAAAAGAGUUACCUAUAUUUCACAACUUAGUAAAUCUCCCCCAUGGAGUUCUAACCGGGUUAGAUUAUUGAUAAAUUUCUAAAGCCUCCUAUGUUUUUGCAGAUGAUCUUCCAAAACCAAAGACUACUGAAGUUCUUCCAAAAGGAUCCAUACCUGAAUACACUGCCGCUGAGGAAAAAGAAGAGAGCCGACGCUGGCGGUUGUUCAGAAUUGGAGAUCAGGAUCACAGGGUUGAUAUGUCUGCCAUAGAACCUUAUAAGAAAGUGAUAAGUCAUGGAGGUAAGGUGACAUCUUACUUCCAUUCGCCAGAUCUAAGGCAGUGGACUAAGUGGUAGUUCUGCAUUAUUGGAUCAGUGUAGUAUUUCAUUACUUGGGAAUAACGUCUAUUGCUUUUGCUAACAAAAGAAUAAACUGUUCUUAAAGGGACAUUAUAGUCACCAGAACAACUACAGCCUAUUGUAUUUAUUCUGUUAAGUAUAAUCAGGUUGUUUGCAGUAAACACUGUCUUUUCAGAGAAAAUGCAGUGUACAUUACAGCCUAGUGAUAACUCCACUGGCCACUCCUCAGUUGGCUUCUAGAAAUGCGUCCUGCACAGUGUGCAGCACUGCCAUUCAGUGUCUCCACCCUCUGCAUGGAGACACUGAACUUUCCUCAUAGAGAUGUAUUGAUUCAAUUCAUCUCUAUGGGGGGAUGCUGACUGGCCAGGGCUGUGUUUGGCUUUGCCCCUGAUCUGCCUCCUUGAUAGUCUCAGCCAGUCCUAUGUGAAAGCAUUGUGAUUGGCUCAGAACAACACUUUUGAUGAUGUCAGGCAGGCAGAUCUGGGGCAGAGCCAGCAGCUGCAAACUUCAACAAAAGUAAGAUUUUACUAUAUUUAGGUGGGCAGCGGGGGGCCAGAGGGGAUGGUGGAUUUACCACUAUAGGGUUAGAAAUACAUGUUUAUGUUCCUGACCCUAUAAAGUGUUUGUGUUCCCUUAAAGUGAAUGUAUACAUUACAAAAUGCAUACUUUUAUGCUUUUGAACAAUGCAAUUAAAAAUCUGCAGUUUAUUACUUUUCAAACUUCACUUCAUAACUACAUAAAACACUACCUUUUUUCCCUUCAGAUUAGAGGCAGUGCUUUCCAACUGGGAUUUCAUCCCCUGGAGGGGAAAAACAGGCAGGCAAUCUCCCAAACUUUUCAAGAACCUCCCCACAAUUAACCUUUGGCCUUAUAAAUUGCUUCCUACCCAAGACAUCCCCAGUUCUUUGCCUGCCUCCGGCAGAGGAGGGUGUCAGGUUUUCUCCCUAGAAGUAUGGUGAGAGGGCUGAGGCUCUGGAGGCUCUGCUUCUUUUAAAUACCUUUUUCAGAGCUCAGCCAGGGAUAACACACCAGACGGCAGUAUCUCCCCGGGUUGUAUUACGUCCGUCUAUACCGAGCCAGGUGCCGGGCAGACGAUGGUGCGCAUUUGGGCACUAGCUGGGAAGUCCUGGCGGUGGAACACUCAUACAGGUUACGUUAAUUUCCACCGUGGAAUCGCGAAAUGCAGGACAUGCGUAAUGCGAUUUAAAAUUCAGGCGCCAAUAUCUUUUUAUUUUUUUCUUUCUGGGGUCAAGAUAUUGGUUUCCAGGACUUAGAGAGGCUGUUUACCCAGCAGCAACUAACUGUUGCCAGGUGCACUCAGAAUCUGUUGCAAGUGUGUUCUCACCAACCUCCAAUACACUCUGAGGACAUUUAAGGUAAGCCUUUUUGCUUUAUCUUAAAUGACUCUAGCCUGAAUAAGUUAAUAGUCUGUGCUGCAAGAUGGAUAAGCUAAAAAAGCGCAAAUGUUUCUAAGUUGGAGAGUUUUUAGCUUCUCAUCACGUAACCCCUUCAGGACGGAGUCAAUAGUGCACGUUCUGAUCAAAACGUAAACAAAAACUGGAAUUUGCGAUAUAUGUCUGUUCAACCGUAAUUCACCGCUGUCAUAUUAAGUGCCCCCACACUUAUUAUAUAUCAUUUUGUUCAGGAGAAACAGGGCUUUAAUUUAUCAUUAACUAUUCAUAUAUGGAACAUAAUUUAUUAUGAAUAAAAUUUAAUAUUACUGUUAGUUUUUACUGCAAAAAAAUGCACAUAUUUGUAAUCCGCGAUGUCUCACGAGUACAACAGUACCCACCAUUAACAGGUUUUAUGGUGUUUUGGAAAGUUACAGUGUCAAAUAUAGAACGUUCCAUUUUCAAAUUGAAAUUUGCCAGAUUAGUAAUGUUACUUUGAGACGGUGUGGUAGCCCAGGAAUGAGAAUUACCUGCAUAAUGGCAUACCAUUUGAAAAAGUAGACAACCCAAGGUAUUGAAAGUGGGGUAUGUUUAGUCUUUUUUUAGUAGCCACUUAGUCACAAGCACUGGCCAAAGUUAGCGUUCAUAUUUGUUUUAGGGUGCAAAAAAACAAUAUUUGGCCAGUGUUUGUGACUAAGUGGCUACUAAGAAAGGCUGGACAUACCCCACUUGCAAUACCUUGGGUAGUCUACUUUUGCAAAUGAUAUGCCAUCAUGGGGGUAAUUCUCAUUCCUGGGCUACCAUACGCUCUCAAAGGCAACAUAACCAAUCUGGCAAAUUUCAAUGUCAAAAAAAUGAAAUGCAAGCCUUAUAUGUGACUCCCUAACUUUCCAAAACACCAUAAAACCUGUACAUGGGGGGUACUGUUAUUCUCGGGAGACUUCACUAAACACAAAUAUUAGUGCUUUAAAACAGUAAAAUAUUACAACAAUAAUAUAGUCCAUAAAAGGACCGUUCGUUUGUAAAAAAUGCAAAAAAGUCACUUUUACUUAAAAUCUCAUCGUUGUAAUACAAUUUACCAGUUUGAAACACUAAUAUUUGAGUUCAGCAAAGUCUCCUGAGUAAAACAGUACCCCCUAUGUACAGGUUUUAUGGUGUCUUGGAGAGUUACAGGGUCAAAUAUAGUGCUUGCGAAUUAAAUUCUCUGCACUUUCUCCCUGUGUUGUCAGGCAUGUCAAUCAAAUUUUAAUUAACCAAAUCACAUAAUUAUGUUAAAAGAUUACUUAAAUAUACAUGUAGAAUUUUAAUUUAUAUGCAUUUAUAAGUAUUUAAAUUCUAAAUUCUACGUGUAUACUAAUGUAAUCUUUUAUGUAAUUGUGUGUGUGUGUGUGUGUGUGUGUAUGUAUGUGUAAAUGUAUGUGUGUGUGUGUGUGUGUGUGUAUAUGUAUAUAUAUAUAUAUAUAUAUAUAUAUGUAUAUAUAUAUAUAUAUAUAUGUUUUUUUGCGGUUAUUUCUAUUUUAUAUAUAGAUGGAUAUAGAAUGUCAUUCUAAGUGUAUUUUGUUACCAAUAUAUAUUAAUAACAAAAUACAGUUAGAAUGAAAUUACAUAUGAAUAUAUAAUUUAUAUUAAAUUUUGUUUCAAUAUUUUAUUUAUUAUUGUAAUUAUACGUAUUUAUAUAUAUGUGUGUGUGUGUGUGUGUGUGUAUAUAUAUAUAUAUAUAUAUAUGUGUGUAACGUCAUUCUAAGUGUAUUUUAUUACUAAUAUAUGUACUUAUAUUAAUAUUAAAAUACAUUACGUAUGACGUUACUUAUAUAUAGUGUGUGUGUAUAUGUGUGUGUGUAAAUAUAUAUAUAUAUAUAUAUAUAUAUAUAUAUAUAUAUAUAUAUAUAUAUAUAAUAUAUUACAUUUCUAUUUUAAUUUUACACAUGACUAAUCAUUUUUUAAAUACUUCCCACCAGCAGGGGGACUGUCUGACAUUUCAGACAGUCCCCCUGCUGGCAGAUCCACAGCCAGCUAUAGGGGGCCAUGUGAUCGCUCUUUGAGAGCGAUCACAUGGCCCCCGGGGGCCUCAUUUGCCGGGGGAGGGCUGUCUGGGCUGUUAGGCAGCCCUCCAGAAGAGGAUUGCGACAGAGGUGAGUAAAUCUCACCUCCUGGGGCUGCAAGCCGUUACGGCGUUCCAUGCCACUGCAACGGCUUUAAAGCCCAUUUAAUGCAGGACGGCAUAGAACGGUGUUAAGGGGCUAAAGAUUAUUACUAAAAUCUUAAUGCAAAUAGAGCUUUGAAAGGGUAAGCACUUAGUAGAUCAGGCCCAAAAUAGAUUAUUCUUUGAGUAAAGCCUAUAAAGGGUAUUAGCAUAUACUUUUACAUAAUUCUAUUGGGAAAAUUUGAAGUUUCGUUUCUGGCUCAAAAUAGCUGCUACACAGUGAUUAGUUAAUAUGGGUCUCAAUAAUCACUAAUUGCUGCAACAGGGUCAGCAAUUAAAGUGAAGUGUUUUGUGGAAUAUAUUCACAAGAGCAAGACCCGUAUGACUAUUGGAGGAUUAUCCUCGGUAUUUUAUCCUUAGGAGGCUGAUAUUUAAAAUCUGGUUUUGGUUAAGUUAAUAUACUGUUGUAGCAGAUGGAUUCUUUAAAUGCCAGGAUCCUAGCCGCAGUGUUUAUUUUCUUAAAACAUGCAGUAGGCUUUUAGCAAUUGCUGUAGACAAAGCUCUGUUGCAAUUAGCAUUCUCACCACCUCAACUAGUUUCAUCUGAUAUCAGUUUCUAAAACGGCAGUCUGUUUUUCAGCUGGGGCAGAACAUUUCCUUUGCUUCACUCCAUGGUUGCACAUUUUAUGUUUUAUCUUAAAUUCCAAGUCUUAUGUUGUCAGAUAGGUUUGAGCUAACUGACUGUUGGAAUGAAAAUGCUUUCUAAUAUUGUUUCCUGCAGAGUUUGCAUCAAGCAGAAUAGCUGCAACUGCAGUUAAAACCUGUCUGCUCUAGCCUCUGCUUCCCAAAUACGGCUGAGGAAAGCCUAUAGCAGGUAAGGCUGUUGGUUGGUAUUGCAAUUUUAAAGAAUUACUUCUACUAUUGAUUCCUGCAGAGUCUGCAUCAAACAGGUUUUGAAAUGCAGUUUGCAGAUGUUAUUUGUGCUCUAGCCUCUGCUUCCCAAUUAUGGCUAAGGAAGGCCUGGAUCAUGGGUAUUGUCUUAUGCUGACUGUAUAUCUAUGUAAUCAGUCUCGCUUUCGCCAAUAAAGAUGGUAACCUGUAUGAACUAGUCUCCAUGGAAAAUGAUUUCUUCCUCAUGUUACUGGGCUUGAAGCAAGUUCUAGUACAGCUGCAGGCCUAUUCAUCAAGGUGUAGUUUCACCAGGGGUUCAAUUUGUUCCCUGCACUGCAAUAGAUACGAUAUGACUGGGAUGGUUUACUGCUGGGGUUUGUCUGCAGCUUUCUUGUAAGAAAAAGCUUAUGGCAAUUGCCACUUGAGAUUCUCUCAAUAUGCAAAAUGUUGCCAUCCAUAAAGUUGUUGAAUCUCUACAAUACUGCUUCCUCAGGGGCACCUAAUUAAUUUUUGUACACCAGCCCCUAAAUGUUAGGGUGUUUCUACAGCAUACAGGUGGAUGCUAAUCAAUCUUCUGAUAAAGAAUUCUCUUUUCAAGAAGUGUGCAGUUCUGGUGUUUGUCAAGGAACAGUUCAGGUGUAAAUAUUUUGACAAGGGUUUUUGACCACAAAAAAAAAUUGUGGUUCUCUCUGUCCUUAUCACCUGAAAUAUCUCUUCUACUUCAGUAGACAAGAUACUAGGGAAAUAAUAUUGGUUCCUGUCUUGUAAGAACCUGCUUGGUCUCUUCAGCUUCUUUAGGCAUAGCACUAUUUACAGGUCCUUCAGUGGCCAGAUACAGUUGCUAAUAAGAUUUUGCAGUAAAAUCCUAUACUUCGGUCAUUCCUUUCUGAACCAGGCAGAAAUGAAGGAUGCCAGACGGUUCUUACAUUUUGUUCUAGUUCUCAAAUUGAUCGUUCAGAAUUUUACGACUGAUGCUUCAGGUCUCAGCUAGGUUCUCAUAGGGAUGAAGGGAAAGCUGAGAUAAUUUGUAAAAACUUAUCCAACUACAUAGGACCGAAGGCUAUCUGGCUAGCUCUCUUUGCCUUUCAGAUAAAGACCAGGUAUUAUCUUAUCCAGAUCUGGUCAGAUAAUUCUACAUCGGUAGCAAUUAUGUACAAACAAGGUCAUCUUGAUCCAGGAUAUACUUAAUAUUCCUCUGUUUAGCUGUAGCAUUGAGUAGUCAACAUUUUAAUACAAAGCAGAUUGGUUCAUACUCCCUGAUCUUCACCCAAACGAUAGGAAGAAUUUGAUUUUCCAGUUAUGGAACUGGGACUUCUAGAUCAAACAGAUAGCAUGAAGUGUUUCAUUGAACAAGCUUGGACAGACCAGUAAGCUUUGGUUUCCUUUUCUUUCUUGGGAAUUCCAGUCUUACCUAUAGUUUCCUCCUGGUUCCCUAUUCCCCAAGAUCCUAUAGGAUGGAAAAGGUGAGAAUGAUAGUCUUCCUCCCUUGGUGGCAAGUAGCUGUUUCACCGUUCAUCAAAAAUGAUCCGGAGGAAUCUUUGGGGACCUUAUCUGUAAAUUGGCAUCCUGGAAUUCUCAAGGGUACCACUUCUCAAAUUUGUUGUAAUUCAAGCUGACGACCUUGUUUAUGUAUACCAGAUACUGAAGGAUAAUGUUUUGUUUCAGGAAAUUGACAAUUAAUUUUACUAUAAAUGGAUCUUGUUCCAAGAUUUAUUCCAAGUAUGGAAGGGUUUUUUUUUUAAGAUAUUGGUUCAUAGAAAAGCAGGCAUCCGCUUCCAAGUUUUAACUUUUUUUUUUUUUUUCUUCGGAUGGGCUUUGCGGAUGGUUUAAAGCCAGAGAUCCUCAAGGUCAAAUUUCGGUUAUCAGUUGAUUUUCAGAGGUUUGUCUCCAAAUCACCAGUAUCUGCUAGGCUCUUUCGUGGUUAGUUCCUAUCUUCAGGGAAUCUUUUCCACAGGGGAUCUUCUUUUGGAGUUUUUUACUCUGCUGAUUUGAGGCUUCACUCUAGGUCUUUGGGGGGUAGUCACCCAAAAUAUUUUUGGGAAGAACUACAAGUUCUUCAAGUUUCCAAUUUCAGCAGGAGAAAGUGGAGUUAAGUUGGAUUCUUUAAUUCUUCUCAAUCUUCCAUCUAACAUUAUUUUUCUAACUUUUCCUAACAGCGUUCUGGGGUCUUGGAAUUCUAAUUCCCCUGCCUGGGCGUUUAGUUCUCGUCUACGUUACCUUAAAGGUCUGCCGUUGUUUAGGUUUUUUUCUUAUCUAACACCUAUCUUCAUUGAAGCUUCUUCGAUCAGUUAUGUUCAGAUCGGUUGCCUGAGGGAUUCUGCUAUACAUUCUCUCGAUUUCCUAACAGCCACGAGGUGAUCUUUUCGCUCAAUUUUGUCUGUUGAUCUUGGAAGAUACAACUUUGGUCGCAGGUUUUUUGCAGUGAGAAUUGAUUCCUGCCCUAAGGGGUUGCUUUUGGAUAUCCCAGUUGUAAAGCACUGGCUCUAGUCUGAAGGGGAAAAACUAAAAUUUUUACUUACCGUAAAUUUCUUUUUCCGAAAGAUUAGAGGCAGUGCUCACUUCCCCCCCCAAAUUUGUUCAUAGUCUGAGUGGUACGGUUAUUCGGCUUUUGUAAUUUCUGGGGAUGUCUUUGGUAGGAAGCAAUUUAUAGGGCCAAAGGUUAAUUGGGGGGAGGUUCUUGAAAAGUUUGGGAGAUUGCCUGCCUGUUUUUUCCCUCCAGGUGAUGAAAUCCCAGUUGUAAAGCACUGCCUCUAAUCUGAAGGGAAAAAUAAAUUUUCGGUAAGUAAAAAUUUUUGGUUUUCUUAGCUGCAGAGCUUGCCCUGUAUUAUGCGAAGCUUCUCUAAAAAUGUCUAAAAUUAGCAAGAAAAAAUAUUUAAAUACUGAAGAUAUUGAGAAAUAAUAUACAGUCGUUUGAAUGGGAAAACCUUUACAUAUGCACAUUUUAAAAUUUAACUCUCACUCAAGUUAUAAUUUGUGUGUUUGAAUAUCCAUUCUUUUCUUGUGUUGUAGGCUAUUACGGGGAUGGUUUGAACGCCAUUAUCGUCUUUGCUGUAUGCUUUAUGCCAGACAGUAGUCAACCUAAUUAUCGCUAUCUAAUGGACAAUCUCUUUAAGUAAGUAAAAUUCUGUUUGCGUUACACCAGUUAUUUCGGUGCAUUUGUGGAUACAGUUGUAUUUGUACAAAACUUAAAACUGGAAACAAAAAACCAAAUUUAUAAACUAUGAAUUGCCUAUAAAGUCAGGGGUAAGCAACCAUCAGCACCCCAGAUGUUCUGGGCUAAAUCUCCCUCAUGCUUUGCCAGCAUUAUGACUGUAAGAGCAUGGGAGUUGUGCAAAAAGUUGCCUACAAUGGGUCUUGGUUGUGUGUUGACUCAUGGGGCGUCCCUUUAGGUGAGUUCUGGUGCUCAGUUGUAAAUGCCAACAAGUACUGUGUGUUUGAAUGUGUCUCAGGUUUUUUUUGUGGUUUUUUUUAUUCUCCCAGUGUAAAUCUCGAGAGAGAUAGUAUGUCCUCCGUCAAAAUUAGUAAUAACUAUAGAUGAUUUUCUAUACAUUACCUGGUAAAGCAUGCAAAUGAGUUAACCUUUGCAGUGCCGUACACAAAGUGCCUGUGUACCUACGAUACUGCUGGAGUAAAUACCCCUUGUGAGUGCAUGGCCAGGGCAUCAUGGCAUGGCCACCUCGCUGUACAGUGAAGUGUGGCAGUGGAAAUUUUUUUUUUUUUUUUUUUUUUAUUUCACUUACUUCCCCUGCUCUGUUCUGUUCAGUAAAUUCUGAAUUUGCAUUUACUUUGGUGAAAACACAAGGAAGUGGGUCACAUCUCUAGAAGCCUUCUUAACAUUUAGUUUUGGGUUUUGCUCCAGCUCAUAUUUUAUAAUACAUUUUAAUUACACAUCUGCAAUGACUAGAUAGCUGUGUUAUUAAUUUAAAAUACAUUUUGGCUUUAAAGGGUUACUGAAUGCGCAAUGGCUACUUCGAUGAUUUGAGGUGGUCAUGGUGCCAGGAGUCUGUAUGUGCAGCAUUUUGCUUUGAAACACUACAAAUAGAGAGAGAUAUAUAUAUAUAUAUUCCUAUCUCUGUCCCUGUCCUUGUCCCUGUCCCUGUCCCUAUUAUCUAUAUAGCACCAACAAAUUCCGUAGCGCUGUACAAUGGAUGAACUAACAGACACAUAAUUGAGAUCAGACCACUGGCCAUAGGGGAUCGGGAUGAGGAGAAAACUCAGUAUGUUUCUUUUUUUAAUUUUGUUCUUUCUUAUAAUUAGUGCAUUGGGGUGGGUGGCAGCACCACUACCAUCAUUACUCUAUCUUUUAUUAAGCCUCCUUUUUUGGCUUUAACAACCAUUUAAAUCGUUCAUAUUUUGAUUGAGAAACAUUUUAUAUAAAAGUUAUUUCGAAUGGAGCUACAGGGGUUUGAGACUUUAUCCUUAACAUAUUAUCGAUUAUCCACUAUUGGGGAAAGUCUUUGGUUUUAUGGCAGUUAUUGAGCUAGUGCUUGUCUUAAGCAAUGGAACAGAACGAGAUAUUCGUGAAUGUUUGCAUACUACACAAGCUGCAAGCUUCAUUGCAGUUAAGUAAAUAUAAAGUAGUCGAAUAUUACAUUGAUAAAAAACCAUGUCUGUAGAUUUAAUUGGAUGUUUUUCUAAUUAUUAUAAUUAGGUAUGUUAUUGGAACUUUGGAAAUGUUAGUUGCAGAGAACUACAUGAUCGUUUAUUUAAAUGGAGCCACAACACGGAGGAAAAUGCCAAGUCUGGGUUGGCUCAGAAGAUGCUAUCAGCAGAUUGAUAGAAGGUAAGCUGUUUUUUUUUCACAAAUCCUGUUCCUACAUAUUUUAAUUUGCUUUAAGCAACUCUUUAGGAAUGAGAAAAUUAAUUUAUUUGAAAUGCUCUUGCAGUUGUGACUGACUAAAUGCAAAUACAAGAUUGUCUAAUUUUAGUGAUUUAUUUAUCUUUAGAUUCCCACAACUGGCCCUUUUCCAUUUAUCGGGCUACAAAACCAUCUAUUCCUACCAUUUAAUUUAUUAUUAGGCGACUUUUGACUUACCGGUGAUUCGAGAGGGCAUUUAAUCACUAGUCUUUGCCAUCACUUAUUUAUUUUUUCAAAUUUACGCUUAUCAGCCACAACAUUAAAACAACCUGCCUAAUAUCGUGUAGAUCCUUCUCGCGAUGCCAAAACAGCUGCGAUGUGUAGAGGCAUGGACUCCACAAGACUUCUCAUCAUGCCUCGUGGUACCUGACACGAGACAUUGGCAGCAGAUCUUUAAAUCCUGCAAGUUGCUUGAUAGAGCCUCUGUGCAUCAGAUUUGUUGCUCCAGCACAUCUCACUGAUGCUUAAUCAGAUUGAGGUAUGGGGAAUUUGAAGGAAAAGGCAACACACCUUGAAGUCUUUGUUAAGGUCCCUUAAACCAUUCCUGAACAAUUUUAGCAGUGUGGCAGAGUGAAUUAUACUACUGGAAAAGGCCACUGCCAUCCGGUAACAUCAUUGCAAUCUCUUGGUAGGUGGUACAUGUCAAAGUAACAUCCACGUGAAUGCCAGGACCCAAGGAUGCCCAGAGCAUAACACUGCCUCCGCUGUACUGCCUUCUUCCCAUAGUGCAUCUUGCUGCCAUCUCUUCCCCAAGUAGACGUCGCGCACACACCUGGUCAUCCACCUGAUCUAACAUGAUUGAUCACAACAGGCAACCUUCGUCCAUUGCUCCAUGGUCUAAUUCUGACACACAUGUCUCCAUUGAAGGUGCCUUUGUUGGUGGACAGGGAUCAUCAUGGACACACUGACCGGUCUGUGACUAUGCAGCCCCAUACACCGCAAACUGUGAUGCACUGUGUGUUCUAAAACCUUUUUAUCAUGGCUAGCAUUACGUUUUUCAGCAAUUCGAGCUACAGUAACUCUUCUGUGUGAUCGGACCAGACAGGCUAACCUUCGCUACUCACAUGCUCAAUGAGCCAUAGGCGCCCAUGAUUCUGAUGGCAGUUCACCGAUUGUCCUUCCUUCCACCACCUUCUAACCACUGUAUGCCAGGUACAGUCCACAAGACUAGCUGUUUUGGAGAUGAUCUGAUCCAGUCGUCGAGACCUCACUAUUUGGCUAUGAGAUCUUUUCGCUUGCCCAUUUUUCCUACUUUCAAGACGAAACGAAAUUCAAGAACUGACAACUUUCUGACUAAUAUAUCCCACCCCUUGACACGUGCCAUUGUAAUGAUAUAAUCAAUGUUAUUCACUUAAGUGUCCAGUGGUUUUAAUGUUGUGGCUGAUCAGUGUAUGUGUACUUAAUUUUUUUUUUUUUACUUGCUUUAUAAAAAUGAUGGUGGUUGCUGACUUAUUAUUGCCUUUCCCGGUUAUUUAUAUAUUUAAAUGUAUUUUGAUUUUUGAGAAGCUCCAUUUGACAUAUCCAUCUUUUCUUUACAGGUUACGGAAAAAUCUGAAAUCCUUAAUCAUAGUUCAUCCUUCCUGGUUUAUUAGAACACUUUUAGCUAUCACAAAGCCUUUCAUUAGGUAACUAUUUCAUUUUUUUUUGUCUGUAUGUUGUAUUGUUUGCUUUUUUUUAAUAUUUUGUUGCUGAUAACGUUAUUUUUCUCUUUUUUACUUAGCUCCAAAUUCAGCCAGAAAAUUAAAUACGUGUUUAGCCUGGUGGAAUUAGCAGAACUUAUUCCUAUGGAGUAUGUCAGCAUACCAGAAUGCAUAAAGGAGUAUGUAAUUUUCAUCUUUUCCUUUUUACCAUCCAUCUCUUCUCAAAUUAAACUCUACUCUAGAAUAUUUUAUUGUAAAUGAUGCCCAUUAUAAUGUAUUACUGUAUGGGAAGUCACAUCAUAUUUUUUUUGUUUUUUCUCCUUUGGUAUAUUUUUACAUAGUUGUAGAAAAGUUCCGCGUAAUUUUGUUUCCUGUAAAGAGAGCGCUAUAAUGUUAAGUAUAAAAUAAUACAUAAUUUUAAAGAGGAAGUAUUGACACACAUCCUAUCUCUGAUGCAUAUGUACAAAUAAUGAAUAAAUGUAUGCAAACAAAAGCCCUAAACCUUUAACAUUUCUGUAGCUUUACAGCUGAGAGAGAGAGGUUGUCUACAGCUACAGACACCUCCCUGACCAGGAAGAGGCUUUGCCGAUUAUGAGCCUAUCAUUUAGGUGUAUGGGGUUUCACCUUAUUACUUUAUCCACCUGCUGCUGUUUCUCUCAUCACAUGUGUUGAAUGGAACAACUCACAUUUAGCUGAUAACCGCUAUAUCAGAUCUGCUUUUAACUUACCCACAGCCCAAUUGGCAGUCCUGUGAACCAGUCAGUGAGCAGCAAUUGCCUCUGGGAAGAGAGAUCUUUCCUACUUGUGGAGUGUGCACUACAAGCACAAGUUGGAAGCUAUUGACACAUCAAAGGAAGAAGUAAAACUCUUUUGCUGUGUUAGACCUAGAGGGCUAGGUUACAACUGCUGUGAUUUUUAUAAAUACAGUAUCUGAAGUAAUAAGCCCCAUUUCAAAAUGAGAAGUUCAUGCAGGGUCAUCUCAUGCAAGUUAUAGUAGUUUGAGUGACCCUUUAAGAACCAUUUUUGUUGUGUGGUAUUUUUGUUUCUUUGUUUUGUUUUUGAGGGUGAAAGGGGGUGUUUUGAUGUAUAUAUUUAGUUUAGUUUUUUUCCCUCUUUCUAUAAGCUUGGUGUCCCUAUAGUAGUAGUAGAUUUCUCUGGUUAGUCUAAUGAUAAAAUUGCAUCUAGACAUCAUCUGCAAAUAAAUGCUUAUUGAUAGAGGGAAAUAUAUGGGAAUUGCAAGGAGAGAAAAAUUCUAUCAAAUUUUCGUACAAUAGUUUUCAGACACACAAGUCCAACUGAAAUUACUCCAGGCCACUUUCCAAAACACAACAGUUGUAGCUUAAUUUAGCAAAAUUUUGUCAAGGAUGAUUUCUGAUUCUUAGACAUAUUUGCACAUACAAUAAAGUGUAAAGAUAUAGCUAAAAUAAUUUAAAGCAAGGAUAUUUUUUUUUUUAUGUCUUCUUUUUUUUGUGUGUGUGUAGAGCAAUACAUUGUCACAUGUUUUGUCUUCUUUUAUAUUGCGACUUAAUUCCAAUUCUUUCCUACUAAGGUAUGACGAAGGAAAAUUUAAAAAGAAACAGAAAAGGUAUAUGCACACCUUUCAUGGGUUGCACCAAGAUUAGUCCAUCUGCUCUGCACAAACUAACCCUUCCCUUAUUGGUUGGCUUGCAGAAACGCAUACAGCAUUCGUAAAUAUAAACAUGCACUAUAUUCUUAGACUACGGAAUAGAGUUUUCACCCUAGAAAUUCUCAUCUUGUAGAUGAGCUCUUGUUAUAUAUGCUAAUCUAGACCACCAAUGGCAUCUGCAAUUGGGGAAUUUUUGUGCUUCCAUAUCGAGGGGCAAUAAGGAGAUCGAUGUAGGUGCAUUCAACUUUUUUUUUUUUUUUUUUAAAUAUAAAAUAAAGUCUUUAUUUCCUGCAACACAAUUCUCAGCAUGCCCUGUAUUCACAAAACACAAGCCAGUCCUGCAUGGCCUAAUCUUUCCUGUUAUAUACCUAUAGUGUUCUUCCCCUAACUAGCAUCCUACACAUUUUAGCAACCUAAUGCUGUUAUUAAUGUUUUUUUUUUUUUUUUCUAGCAGUAUAUUAAAGCAUUUUGCAGUCGGUUUUGUAGUGUAGUGUUUGUAUUUGCAGUGUUAUAAUUUCCAAGCUAACCAAUAUUUCACACUAUGAUUCUGGUCCUUUCUCCUGUCAGUAUUUCCUGCAUCCAGUAAGUAGUCUUACUUUUAAUGGCCAACUUGCACUGCUUUACCCUGCUUUGAAUUUCAAUACAGCUUUUACAACCCUGUAUGUUGCAUGAGUCGCAUUGCAUUCAUGGACAUCUGGUCAAAAUAAUUCAUCAUUUUAAUUGAAAAUGAGAAAGAUUCGAUUGAAGUAUUGCUAACAUCCUUCAUUAUUUCCGAUCAUUGUUUCAAAUAUAUCUAUAAUUUCUUUAUUAAAUUGCAAGUUUGUUCUCUGGGAGCUGUUCAUUAAACACCAAUGCAGCACUUGCAUUAUGUCCCUUAACCCGUGAGCUGUGUUAUAUGCUUUGUAAAAUUGGCAAAAUGUGUUAUUGCAUAUUUUAAAUUGAUCGGCUGAGUCUCUGCCAAGUUUAGCUUCAAACUGCAUAUCUCAAUAUACGUAUCAUUGACCCCAGGAGGAUCCACGAUUUGUGAUCUUUCCAAGGCCAAUAAUAAAAAUGCUAUUACACAUCUUUGUAGAUGUUGGAAUUUGUUUUCCUGCUCUUAGUGGUUAUGGCUUCGUGAACAGCUCUAUACACUUUUGUUUACUUGAAUCACUUAUCCUAAUUAUUGUUUAAUAUAUCCUUUUUUUAAAUUAGAUUGCAUGUUAUUAUAUGGUCCACCAAGUAUUCUGUUAAUUGAUAAAAUGUCUAAAGGGUUACUCCAGCCAAAAAACCGUGCUUGCAUAAAACACUGGUCUUGGUAAGAGUAACCCUUUCUGAAGUGGUGUGUCCUUCGCCCUCACCAGAAUGGGCAGAGUUGGAGGUCUUCCUUUAGCCGUUAAUGACACUGAAGGAGGUGGAGUGUUAUCUCCGGCAGCUAAGUGGUUAAUCUCUAAGUGCAGUGUUUUUUAAGCAAAAUGCUGUACAUACAGACUCCAGGCACCAUGACCACCUCAAAUAACUGAAUUGGCCACUGUUGGUUUAAGUAACCAUUUGGCAUUCUGGAUUGUUAAACUGUAUAUACAAAAGUAUGUAUAUUACUUCUCACCAGUCAACCUCAUUGUAUAGUAAUGAAGUUCCGAUUACAAGUAUUAUAUGCCAUGUUUCAAUUAGAGAAUGGAUUGGCUUGAGUUCUAAGAUCACUAUUCACUGAGCUGCAGUUACCAGAUAUUGCAAUACGUUUUGUUCGUUCAGUUUCUAAUUUAUUAGAUAACAUGUAUUCAUGGUUAGGACUCUGUUUGCAACUUUGAUUAACAAGGCACUGGGGACACUCCUUGGGGGGUUUUGGUCCAUCCUGGCAUCACACAACCCUACAACGUUUUGUAUUAGAUUUAGUGAUGUCCCGAACGGUUCGCCGAAUGGUUCGCGAACGGUUCGCUGCGGACUCAUCAUUGAGUAAACUUUGACCCUGUACCUCACAGUCAGCAGACACAUUCCAGCCAAUCAGCAGCAGACCCUCCCUCCCAGACCCUCCCACCUCCUGGACAGCAUCCAUUUUGAAGCUGCUUUCUUAGUGAGCUGUCCGGGAGGUGGGAGGGUCUGGGAGGGAGGGUCUGCUGCUGAUUGGCUGGAAUGUGUCUGCUGACUGUGAGGUACAGGGUCAAAGUUUACUCAAUGAUGAGUCCGUGGCGAACCGUUCUGGACAUCACUAUUUGUAUUAAAUGGUGUACUAAAUAAAGUCAUCACAGAUCGCCAUAUUUUGUACACUUACUGCAUAUUUUUAUUUUAAAAAAAAAUUAUUGAAAUUAAUGCAUUACAUUAAGAAAUCCAGGCCUACAUAUUUUGUGUUAUAUGAUGAUAUGAAUUGCUGAACACUGAUAUAGAAUUACUUGUAUUGUUUAUGGAGGUAGGCUCCUGUAUAAAGUUAUAAUUUUACUAUAUAAUUUGUUUUUUUAAAUUCUGUUUCGUUGUUUUCCAUUUUCCUAAACAAUCCUAAAUACCCUGUAUAUUUUUCCUCCCUUUAUGUCUGGGAUUUAUAAAUGUCCCACCCAGUGAUGGUGAAAGAUUAGACUGAUAACUAAUGUUGAAGUUUUUCAAUGCUAAAUAUUAUGUGAUGCAAGUCUGGAAGAGUAGAAAUCAUGAAUGAUAAAACAUUUAAAAAAACACUCUAAAGAGAAGCUGUUAGGUCUCUGUGACUGUUCCUCUAAUUUUAAACUGGUUACAAUUUUUCAUAUGACACAAUCAUAUUCCGCCGCACUGUACAGUAGGAAACAAUAGAAACAUUUAAUUCUAACAAACUAUGUAUGACAUCGGUGAACAGUGGGUAAAUAGGGCCCUGACCCAAAAAGCUCACAAUCUAAAGGGAUGAGGGACAAAUACACAAAGAGAAAUAAGAAAAUUAAGUGAAUUGAAUGUAACAAAGGAUGGGAGGGCUGUUUGGGAGGAAGGAACACAGUAGGUGGAGUACAGCAGAUGAAGACUGCAAUGGAGCGGAUGGGAUUUUAGGAACUUUAGCUGGGAUAAGAAUUUACUUGGAGGCGAGUAGACUAUAUCUUGUCAGUAGUUUGUUGUGCGCGUGACAUCAUUUGCCCCGCAACGUUCAUAAGCACUCUGGUAUCUGCAUGGACUGUGCUGUAUGAGUCCACCUGGCAUCACGGGGUUACAGUAAAUUGUAUGUUCUGACUGCAGUACAAGUAAAACAAAGUGUACUAGAUGUCAGCACCUGUAGAUUAGUAUGCUGUGAAAGAGUAUGGGCCAAGGAGCAUUGUGCCUUUUUGUAUUUCUUAGUAGGUAAAACAUAAUAGAUUUGCCUGAUGCAAAUGUUUGACUCACGAUUGUGGAUAUACAAAUUCCAACACUUUUUAACUGUUCUUUUCAAUUGUUUUUUUACUAGAGUUGAUAAGGAUCUUAACAAGAAGACUGAAGACCAAUCUAGCGAGCAGUAAGAUUGUAUGAGCUGAAGAAUAUCCUUCGAGGAGCAAAAAAAAAUGUUUGUUUUGUUCAUCCUGGCUUCUUUGUUUACCUGCUCUGACAGGUGCCUUUUGAAAUGUUACUCAUGUGUAUUUAUACAAGGAGCUACUUUAUUCUCCAUGGAAGAAAGGGCUACCUAAGUACACAGUUACUGGUUAAAGUGUAAUAGGCUUUUCAUACAAUAAUGGUUCCCGUACAAGUUGAGUAGUUAUGCAAAUGCACUCAUUAUAUACAGUAUAAAUAUCUUAACUAACUUUGCUGGCACAACUGCCAAAACAAUACAAUAUUACAGUGGCGUUGCCAAAGAAAAGUCCCAAGAUCUGAAAUUUGUUUUCUUUUACAUUAGAUUUCCAAUCGAAUACAUCCUUGUGCAACGGUGACUGUAUUGUCAAGAAGAUCACUUGGGUAUAUAAGUGAUUCUGGGUUUUGUCAUCUUGUCACAAUUUUGUAAAGAUCCGUCCCAUACAGGACCAAAGUCAAACAAACCAAAUGGCUGCAGUAUGUUCAGUGUAGGAAAUGUAGGUGAUUAGCAGGUUUGUUCUAUCUGUAUUUUAUUAUAAUCUAUGCUUCUGUUUGGAGCAGAUAUAUCUAUCUAACUGAACUUUUUCCAUCAUGAAGAACAAACGGUUAUUUAUUAAAAUAGUAUACAUGAUUUAAACCGGACAAGAAAACUGAUGACAUGCAGCCCCAGCCAUAUCCAUAAGUCUGCCCUUAUUGAUGUUACAGAUAUUUUAGUUUAGAAUAUUAAUUGCUAUGAAAAACAAAGUGGUCAACAAUAUAUAUAUAUAUAUAUAUAUAUAUAUAUAUAUAUAUAUAUAUAUAUAUAUAUAUAUAUAUAUAUAUAUAUAUAUAUAUAUAUAUAUAUAUUUAUUAAGUGUGUGUACAUAGAGGUAGGUUUGUUCGAGGUAUGCUGUUUACAUGUAUUGACUGCUAUGUUAACUCACCAACUUUGUGACACACAAUUAAGGAGUAAAAAUAAGCAUUUUAAAUCCUUUAGCACUCUUUUGGGCAAUGUGCUAUCCUUCUUAAUCACAUAUGUGCAAUAAAGAUUGUCAGGUGUUUUAAGAAAUAUAUGUAACUAACAUGAACCCAGAUGACCCAAAGGCAAACAAAUAUACUGAAAUUUGUAUUACUGGCAUAUUAUAGCUCCAUUGUGCACACCUUCCUCAUUGAAAACCAGUAGUUUAUAGAAAAUAAUUUAUUUUUACUAUGUUAUUGCAGGUCUUCAUCACAUUGUGUUGUUUUUUUGUUUUUUUUGUUACCCUUUAACAAAGCAACUAGUUUAAUAUGGACUUUAACAUUCACCUGGUCAAGAAGCAGUGUUUUGUCCCGUGCUUUUAUUUGUUGUGAAGAUGGUUUUAGCUUAUUUUAGAGUUCAGUGUUAAAAGGAAAAGGGAAAAAAAUAAAAGUAUUAAACCUGUACAUCAGGUAGCACUUCCUCCUUCAGAACCUACGAAAUCAUGAUGUAAGCAUCAGAUACUUCUGAUUUUCUGCUAUUCUUUACCUUGUGAUAUGCAGGAACCCACAUAGAAACUAAAUAAAUGUUGUAGCAUGGGAAUAUUUGCCCUCUGUAUUGGAAAUCCUACAUUUAGUUAGAAAAAUGAUUUAGACUUUUAGAACUGUAUAACUAGAAAUCUGUGACUCAAGUGAGAACACUACAAAGUUAAGAACAGAUAUUCGAUCUUAACAUUUGGGGUGUUCUCUAACCCCUUUAGAUGCCAUCCGUGUGUACCCCUCUCCUACCCCUCCUAGAAACCUAAUAAUAAAGAUUGCUUGCCGGUUUUAUUUUUCCUGCGGUGAGCACUUUCUUACUGCCUAUCGGUGACUAUCAUCUCCCUCAUUGCCUCAAAUGCUACAAUCACUCAACAGAUUGCUUCUCACAGGGAAGCAAUCGAGCAGAACAAAAAGCUUCCAUAUGAAUGCAUUAGUCUAACAAUGCACAAAGUGGACCCAGCUUGAUGGCUGGGUGGGCAUUUUUCAACCCUAUAUGAUGAAAGUACAACUUUCUCAUGAUAUAGGCACUUUUUAUAAAUUGGAACAAGUGGGACCUUAUGUUAACCACUAAAGCACUUCAGUGAGCUAAAGUGCUUUUGUGGACUGGAGUGUCCCUUUAGUCCAAGAUACCAUCCUAGCAAUAUUACUAUUCCAACAUUCCAUGAUGUCCAUUCUGCUCAGUUGUGUGUUAGUAAUUUACAGCGAUAGCUAUAUCUGUAAAGCAGAAACUUUAAAUAUAUUUAUAAUUUAAAUUUUUAGCCCUUGGAAUUCUUGGCCUGGAUACUGGUACAAAAUUAAUGGGUAAAACAGAAUUCAGAGUUUUUCAUGCAAGUCAUAAUGGAAUUCGGAAAUGCAAUUAAGAUACCUGCUUUCACAUACAGGAUAAGUUAAGAUUUUUCCAUUAAAAUAAUAAUAAUAAUAAUAAUAAAACAAAAAAACACUAUCCUGCAGACACAAUGGGAAGUCCAUACAUAUAGUUUUGUUUUGGGGGUGAUGUGCUGGUUUGUAAACCUCUGUAUAGUAAAGGGAAAUGACCAGCAACAAAGGAAAUGGCCUUUGAAGCUUGAAUCCCUCCAGCAUCAAAUAGUGGGUUUUUUGGUUGCAAAGUCUUGGAACAGAACCAAUUAGUUACAAUAUGAAUGUUGCAAUACGGUCAGAUGCAUGGGAUCCGAUACAGACUUUUACAUGUUUACCUUAAUGCCUACCUUUUUAAUAUUGUUUUAGGACUGUUUUAUAAUGUAUUGUAACAUGUCAGAGAACCACAGUUUGUUUUUUAAUGUAUGUAGAACGCACUCUUGCAACUUUUAUCUGGAGGAUGCAUGUUCUUCAUUGAAAUAUUUAUAUUCAUAAAAAGAAAAGGAAAGAGAUAAUAUAUAUUUUUAUGACUUUUUGUGAACAAUAUUUUAUAACGUGCUCUCAACCCCCUCUGCAGGCAAAUUAAGACCAUCCUAGACUGUUCUAAAUCAAAUAGGAUAUUGGCGCAUUGUAUAUGUUUGUAAACCGAUUAUUUGUAGAUGUUGCUGUUUCACUUGCAGAGAUACUGUCAUAUACAAUAUUGUAAGCCUGCUCCUUAUUAUCCAUGUAUGUAGUUUAGGUAGGAAAAAUAUAACAUUAAAUAAAGACUGGUUUCUUUCUGUUGUAAAAUAAAUGUAAUUAAUGCCAGCGACAUGAAUAGUUUGUUUUUAUUUGCAGAGGGAAUUCUAAUGGCGUAUAGCUUAUAAGAUAAAAUCUGGAUUUACCGAGUCGAACAAUUUGAUCAUGGGAAAAAAAAUGGUCUCUACUAGGAAGAAGAAAACCAAUUGACGGGAUAACAAAACAAAAGCUCGGUUAUGCUAAUUUUUACCUCCCUAGUGCACAUACCAGUGGAACGUAAAUUACUUAAAGGGACACUGCAGGCACCCAGAC